AUGAAGUGCACCGGUUGUGGCCGUGUUGGGUUUGAGAAAACUGCUAGAUUCUGCAGCCAGUGUGGCCAUCAGCUAUCUACACAACCGCUCACCAAGGAGACGGGUCAGUAUUGCCCUCUAAUGUUAUAUUAUAUAAAUACAUGCUUUUUUACUUGAAGAAACUUGAUUUGUUUUUGUAAAAUGUUCAGUGGAAAUUGUUAAAAGUAGGCCUUGUGCAUAGAGUUGUAUUUUUUGUUUUACUUUGCAAUCAUUCUUUUUUGUUUGACAUACAUUUUAAAUAGAAAAAUCGGGAGUCAGUCACUCGGUUAUUGUGGAAUUUCCCGUAUAUAAAGUACUUUUCAGAAGGGGUGCUGUCAGCACACUGCAAAAAGAUCUGAUUCAAACCCUCCAUCAAAAGAGUAUUGAUUUUACAACAGUUAUGGUGACUGAAGGAAGAGUGGGAUAUAUCCUACACCAGACAAUUGAGGGAAUUAUGAUCAGCUUGACAAUGUAAUUCACAACCACUAAUGCAACUGAUGAUGAUUUGUUUUUCAAAUGCAGACAACACUUCUGGAAGUUCACCAAAACCGUUACAGCCAUCAUUGGAGAGUAUGACAGAGAAGACAGAAACGGAGAGUGAUGGGUCAUCCCUGAACAACCGGGAAACAAAUACUUCUCCAAAACGGCCCAAUGAAGAGCCUAACAGCAACCCUAAGAAAAAGGUUGAUAUUAAAACCAACAUGUUUUUCAGAACUUCCUCAUUCUAAUUUCACAGAUUUUAUUAUGUUGUUUGAAAAGGUUUUUAUGUCAAAAGUUUUUUUUUAUCGGUCACUAAACUAUCAAUAAUACUGUUCAGGUAUAAAAAACUGAUUAUAAUUGUUCACCUAGCUUGUAGCCCCCAGGAAUAGGAGCUGCUGCUGCUGCAACAGCUAAUAGGGAUCCUAAUAAAAUACCAAAUUAAGUCAUGUUGAUUGAGGGAAGAAUGGAUAUGCUAAGGUUUGUUCUCUUGUUUCAACCUUUGGCUCAAUCAGAGAAAAAAGAGGAAGAGGACCAAGAAGAAGAAAGACGGCCCAGGGUCAUUGGACUCUGACCAGGUGACCUCUGACAUGUCCGACAUCUCUCUUAUGGACAGCCAGGGGAAGAACAGGAAACAGGAAGUUGCAGAGUCCUCCGACAGCGACAGCGAUGCCAGCGCCAUGGACGAGACAUCCAACUCACUUCAUGACACGUCUGCCUCAGUGGAGAAACCAGCCAGUGCAUCAGCAUCAUCAGCAGCUCCCAGUACAAUCAGUCCAACUGGGAACACGUCUGACAAUCAAGGUCCUCCAAGCACUGCCUCGUCACAGCCUGAGGCCGGCGCAGAGAGCCAGCCUGCCGCAGGGAAAGAUAAACAGAGCAGUGAAGAGAAUGACGUAUCUCAGUCACCUACAAAACAGACCUCAGAGUCGGCUCCGAAUGACACUCCUGCCUCCCUCACCGACUCGGCUGGCAAAUUCACCACCACCAUCCCCCCUCUUCAGUCAGCCUCAGCGGUAGCGGCGAAGACCACUGACCAGAAGGCUCCAAAGGCUGCUGAAGCGAAGAGCACCAAGAACAAGAAAAACGUAGCCAACUCAAAGCAGACGAACCUGGACCAGAAUGCGAACCAGAAUGCUAAGCAGAACCAGACCAGGCAAGACAAACAGGAAGGGAAAGACGAUCAGCAGGACCACGACUCGAAGCCACCCACCACUGGUAAUAAGGACAUGGUGUUUGGCUCUCAUAAGAAAUCAGAGGUAAUGUAGCUGCUUGACAUUACAAAAUACACAGUGUACAAAACAUGCUCUUUCCAUGACAUAGACUGACUAGGUGAAUCCAGGUGAAAGCUAUGAUCCCUUAUUGAUUUAAGUUGUUAAAUCCACAUCAAUCAGUGUAGGGGAUUGUUAAGUCUUGAGACAUGGAUUGUGUAUGUGUGCCAUUCAGAGGGUGAAUGGGCAAGACAAAAUAUUUAAGUGCCUUUGAACAGGGUAUGGUAGUAGGUGCCAGGUGCACCGGUUUUGAGUAUAUCAAGAACUGCUGGACAUCCAGCCAACUUGACUCAACUGUGGGAAGCAUUGGAGUCAACAUGGGCCAGCAUCCCCGUGGAACGCUUUCAACACCUUGUAGAGUCCAUGCCCCGAUGAAUUGAGUCUGUUUUAAGGGCAAAAGGGGGUACACAAUAUAAGGAAGGUGUUCCUAAUGUGUUGUACACUCAGUUUAUAUCUCUUCAGAUCUGAAUAGUAUUGACCUAACACAAUGGGUUUUUAUUUGAUCAAUCAAAUUUAUCUGUAUGUUGCUAUGAUACGGGCUAGUAUUUAUUUCCAUAAGGUAACCCUAACUUAAUAUAGCCCAUAUUUUUCAACUUGUAUUAUGGCAACAUUUGCCACCAUGUGCGCUUAUUAACUACAUUUGUCAAAAAAAAUGCUUAGACUAGGUUAUUAUGGGUGAUGUAGUUUGUUUUGUCUAAGGGUGCGGGGGGAGCUUGUUACCUUCCCUGACUUGGUGUGUGUUUGAGAUCAACUACAUUGUAGUCGGACUGCGCAGAACCACUGAUCUACAAAUCACCUUUAAUUAUAGUCUUGAGUGAUUCUAUUCUGCCCUUCGCCCUGCUGAAACUCAUCCCAUCAAACACACUAUUUACAUUUUAAUAUUUGACUUCAAUUAAGGUUGGUAAAACAACCACAUAUCACAGUCAUUUCAAGUGAAACCUUCCUAAAAAAGCAGCUAUCAGCGAAAUCCGUGCUAGGAAGAAAAUAUAAGUGCCGUUAUUCGCACGAGAAAGAUUAGUAGAACAAAGUGUUCUGUUUUUUCUUCCUAGGUGUAGGGUGCUAUGGAGGUCAACCAAGCUGCUCUUUGAAGAUAUGUUCUCACUGUAUCUGUUUGUCCUCUGGCCAGGUGGAGAGCAGACUGAUCCUCAAACUCUCUGUUUGUCUUCUGGCCAGGCGGAGAGCAGACUGAUCCUCAAACUCUCUGUUUGUCCUCUGGCCAGGCGGAGAGCAGACUGAUCCUCAAACUCUCUGUUUGUCCUCUGGCCAGGUGGAGAGCAGACUGAUCCUCAAACUCUCUGUUUGUCCUCUGGCCAGGCGGAGAGCAGACUGAUCCUCAAACUCUCUGUUUGUCCUCUGGCCAGGUGGAGAGCAGACUGAUCCUCAAACUCUCUGUUUGUCCUCUGGCCAGGCGGAGAGCAGACUGAUCCUCAAACUCUCUGUUUGUCCUCUGGCAAGGUGGAGAGCAGAGGCUCCAGUGUGGACCCAGAGGUGAAGGUGGAGAACAUGGAGGUCCAGCAGCAGCCUGCCCAUGGGGGAGGAGACGCCUCCACCUCCUCCUCCCCUACACCACAGAGCCCUGGCGUCAAGAAAGAGAAACAGAAAGACAACAAAAGUGACGACUCUGAAACCAAGGGUCAGGAUGUUCCACCGCCAAAAAGGUAUUUACAAAUGGUCUGUUCAUAACAGAAGUCACACAAUGAUAGCAUGAAGAACCUAAAAGGCACACUUUUGUGCACAAAAGCACUUUCAAAAACACCCACAGACUCUCACAGCGCUACUAUCCAUUGUUGUCUGUUCACACAAUGAUAUGCUUAUUUCAAAACACGUUUUUUGAGAGUGGAAAUCCACUCUAACUACAGGUACAGAAGCAUAGAAAGUAUUUAUACUCCUUGACUUAUUACACAUUUUGUUGUCUUACAGCCUGAAUUCAAAAUUGAUUAAAUAUAUGUAUUUUCUCACCCAUCUACACACAAUACCCCAUAAUGACAAAGGGAAAACAUGUUUUUAGAAAUUUUAGCAAAUGAAAUUCAUAAAUAUUUCAUUUACGUAACGAUUCACACCCCUGAGUUAAUACUUUAUAGAAGCACCGUUGGUGGCGAUUACAGCUGUGAGUCUUUUUGGGUACGUUUCAAAGAGCUUUGCACACCUGGAUUGUACAAUAUUAGCCCAUUAUUAUUCUUCAAGCUCUGUCAAGUUGAUUGUUGAUCAUUACUUUCUAGACAGCCAUUUUCAAGUCUUGCCAUAGGUUUUUCAAGCUGAUUUAAGUGAAAACUGUAACUAGGCCACUCAGGAACAUUCAAUGGCAUAUUGGUAAGCAACUCCAGUGUAUAUUUGACCUUGUGUUUUAGUUUAUUGUCUUGCUGAAAGGUGAAUUUGUCUCUGAAAGGUUUUCCUCUAGGAUUAUGCCUACACUUAUAGCUGUAUUCUGUUUCUUUUUAUCCCAAAAAACUCCCUAGUCCUUGCCGAUGACAAGCAUAUCCAUAACAUGAUGCAGCCACCACCGUGCUUGAAAAUAUGAAGUGGUACUCAGUGAUGUGUUGUGUUGGAUUUGCCCCCAACAUAACGCCUUGUAUUCAGGACACAAAGUUCAGUUCUUUGCCACAUUUCUUUCCAGCAUUACUUAAGUGCCUUGUGGCAAACAGGAUGCAUGUUUUUGGAAUAUUUGUAUUCUGAACAGGCUUCCUUCUUUUCACUCUGUCAUUUAGGUUAGUAUUGUGGAGUAACUAUAAUGUUGUUGAUCCAUCAUCAGUUUUCUCAUAUCACAACCAUUAAACAAUCUCUAACAGUUUUGAAAUCAACCCUUGGCCUCAUGGUUGAAAUCCCUAAGUAGAGUCUUUCCUCUCUGUCAACUGAGUUCAGAAGGACGCCUGUAUCUUUGUAGUGACUGGGUGUAUUGGUACACCAUCCAAAGUGUAAUUAAUAACUUCACCAUGCUCAAAGAGAUAUUCAGCGUAUGCUUCUUUUUUUCCACACUUCUACCAAUCAUUGGCCUUUUUUGCAAGGCAUUGAAAAACCUCCCUAGUCGUUGUUGUUGAAUCUGUUUGAAAUUCAUUACUCGAUUGAGGGACCUUACAAUUAUUUGUAUGUGUUGGGUACAAAAAUCAUGUUCACCACUAUUAUUGAGCACGAGUCCAUGCAACUUAUUAUGCGAUUUGUUAAGCACAUUUUUACACCUGAACUUAUUUAGGCUUGCCAUAACAAAAGGGUUGAAUACUUACUGACUCAAGACAUUUCAGCAUUUAAUAUUUUAUAGAUUUUCUACAAACAAAAUUCCACUUUGUCAUUAUGUGGUUGUGUGUGUGUGUGUAGAUCAGUGACAAAAUCUCAAUUUAAUCCAUUCUAAAUUCGGGCUAUAACAAAACCGAAUGUGGAAAAAGUAAAGGGGUGUGAAUAAUUUCUGAAGGCACUGUAGGAGGAAGGGUGGAGAUGGGGAUUGAACCCCAGUCUCCGGUGGGGGAGGUGCUUGUGCAGGGAGUGUUACACAUUCAACUACGGCUCUGCACAUUUCAAAUCACUUUUAUGAAUAUCGAUCAUGAACACCUCCACUUAGCUAAUACAAUACUCAUCGGAUUCAUUUUUUUGGGGUCCAAUUUCAGGAUACCUCAAGGGAAAAAACAGGUCUCUGCAAGUGAGAGACUCACAAUCUAUUUCCACGCUGUCCUCUCGAAGGAUUUCAAGCUAAACCCGGACGAGGACCGCAUCUUCAUCAGGGCUGGGGGGAACAUUGGGACCUGGGAUAAAGAUACAGUUGAGCUCACUGUGUCUAGGUAGGUUUUUAUAUACAUGUAUCAGAUGUAUCAGCUGUCAAGACAGUUUAGCCAAAUAUGUUGAAUAUGUAUUCAAUUUAAACCUGCUUAUAAUGUUCAACAUUGUUCCCAUCUUUCUCACAUAGAAAACAACAGACUCGUGUUGGGGGUUACAUGUAUAUGAUAUAUAACAGACGAUAAACCAAUGCAUUGUCUCUACAGGAAUCUUGGAGAGCAUGGGUUCCUAGUCGAAGGGAGCUUGAUCACAAGCAAAUCUAAUGCAACCGUGUCCAUACCAUACAAGUACCUUGUCUACAAGAAUAAAAAGCAAAAGUACGAGUAUGAGUACAUAUACAAACUGGAUUCUACCCACCCCACCACCAACAGAUGUCUUUUUGUCAAAUCCCAUCUGCUUAAUGAAGAAGGUUGGUGCAGUUGCUAUAACAAUUUCUAUAGCAGUUCUUGAUUGUAAGUCACUGAUUUUAAAAUGUUCCAUUUACUACAUGUAAGUUCAAAACGUUGUUGAUUUUUAUCAUGCAUCUACAGUGAGGGGGAAAAAAGUAUUUGAUCCCCUGCUGAUUUUGUACUUUUGCCCACUGACAAAGAAAUGAUCAGUCUAUAAUUUUAAUGGUAGGUUUAUUUGAACAGUGAGAGACAGAAUAACAACAAAAAAAUCCAGAAAAACGCAUGUCAAAAAUGUUAUAAAUUGAUUUGCAUUUUAAUGAGGGAAAUAAGUAUUUGACCCCUCUGCAAAACAUGACUUAGUACUUGGUGGCAAAACCCUUGUUGGCAAUCAGAGGUCAGACGUUUCUUGUAGUUGGCCACCAGGUUUGCACACAUCUCAGGAGGGAUUUUGUCCCACUCCUCUUUGCAGAUCUUCUCCAAGUCAUUAAGGUUUCGAGGCUGACGUUUGGCAACUCAAACCUUCAGCUCCCUCCACAGAUCUUCUAUGGGAUUAAGGUCUGGAGACUGGCUAGGCCACUCCAGGACCUUAAUGUGCUUCUUCUUGAGCCACUCCUUUGUUGCCUUGGCCGUGUGUUUUGGGUCAUUGUCAUGCUGGAAUACCCAUCCACAACCCAUUUUCAAUGCCCUGGCUGAGGGAAGGAGGUUCUCAACCAAGAUUUGACGGUACAUCGUCCCUUUGAUGCGGUGAAGUUGUCCUGUCCCCUUAGCAGAAAAACACCCCCAAAGCAUAAUGUUUCCACCUCCAUGUUUGACGGUGGGGAUGGUGUUCUUGGGGUCAUAGGCAGCAUUCCUCCUCCUCCAAACACGGUGAGUUGAGUUGAUGCCAAAGAGCUCGAUUUUGGUCUCAUCUGACCACAACACUUUCACCCAGUUCUCUUCUGAAUCAUUCAGAUGUUCAUUUGCAAACUUCAGACGGGCAUGUAUAUGUGCUUUCUUGAACAGGGGGACCUUGCGGGCGCUGCAGGAUUUCAGUCCUUCACGGCGUAGAGUGUUACCAAUUGUUUUCUUGGUGACUAUGGUCCCAGCUGCCUUGAGAUCAUUGACAAGAUCCUCCCGUGUAGUUCUGGGCUGAUUCCUCACUGUUCUCAUGAUCAUUGCAACUCCACGAGGUGAGAUCUUGCAUGGAGCCCCAGGCCGAGGGAGAUUGACAGUUCUUUUGUGUUUCUUCCAUUUGCGAAUAAUCGCACCAACUGUUGUCACCUUCUCACGAAGCUGCUUGGCGAUGGUCUUGUAGCCCAUUCCAGCCUUGUGUAGGUCUACAAUCUUGUCCCUGACAUCCUUGGAGAGCUCUUUGGUCUUGGCCAUGGUGGAGAGUUUGGAAUCUGAUUGAUUGAGAGGGGGUCAAAUACUUAUUUCCUUCAAUAAAAUGCAAAUCAAUUUAGAACAUUUUUGACAUGCGUUUUUCUGGAUUUCUUUGUUGUUAUUCUGUCUCUCACUGUUCAAAUAAACCUACCAUUAAAAUUAUAGACUGAUCAUUUCUUUGUCAGUGGGCAAACGUACAAAAUCAGCAGGGGAUCAAAUACUUUUUUCCCACACUGUAUUUGGUACUGCUCGUCUAUUUUGUUCAAACACUGUUUUACAUGUGAGGAAAUUGUCUAAAAUGUAUGCAAAUAUCAUAUUAAACAUUGAUUUUGGUUGGUUUCAGGGGACUGGCAUCAGUAUGAUGACAUCAUCUGUGUGGAGCCAUCCAAGAAUAUGCUCAAACGGCUAAAAGACGUUUUAUGGCCGGAACAAAGGAAAAGUGUCAUCGAAGGCCGAGAAAUCGCAGGGAAGGUUAUGCUAGAGAGUAUCUUUGACCUCCUCAGGAGCUGGACUGACAUUAACCUCAAGAGUUUCCUCAAUCAGCUGAAUCAGUUUUACCAGAUCUACGGGAACCCGUUUGUCUAUGAGGAGACACACAAGAAAUGGUUCUCCUUAGACUACGACGAAAAAGAUGUAAGUGAAGUUCUAAAUGUCACACAGGCUCAGGAACUAAAUGUCACACAGGCUCAAGACCCACCUCUUCACCCUGGCCUAGACGUUUCCCCCCUGUUUGGCUUUUGCUUGUUUUGCUGUCUCCUGCCCUGCCUCCCUUCUAAUUUAUCCCAGUUAUUUUGUUGCUGUUAGAAGUGAAAUUCACUGUGUCUAUUUGCUUGACUUGUAGAAAAGAUGACACCCAAUAAAUGUGCAGACUCUGCACAAUGUUGUAAAUGUAUAGAGGUAAUAUUGUGUGUGGGAGUUAUGAUUUGCUGUUGUUUUUUCACAUGUAUUUUCCAUUUGGUUGUCUUAUUGUACGUUUCUUUUGUAUAUGGAAGGGAAAAGCAAAUGGAUGAGUGUUGAGUUGCAGUGUGCAGCCAUCCCCAAAACAAGUCUGUUAACAUUCACUGUUUGUUCUGCCUCCCCAAGGUCAGGAAGCUGCUGAAGCAGUUCAUGCUGGACAGCGUUGUUCCUCAGCUGCAGAAGGAGGGUGAGGGGAAGAGUUGCUUCAUCCAGGACCCCAUGAGGGCAGCUGUGGUCAUGCUGUACGUGUGGAAGCAGUACGGCCUCAAGCUGGACCAUGGAGAGUCCACCCGGCUCUGCACUGCCCUGUGCCUGCCCAAGCUGCCCAAAGACUCCUUCCUGCAGUACUGGACUGACUUCUCCCAAGCCGUCUCAGGUCUCAAAAAGUGGGUUUUGGCGUCAGGAUUUCUGCUUAUUUUUUUCUGCCUAUUGCAGACACUGAUUAUUGUAUGUUUUUAUACAAGAUGUAAUCAUUUGUAUUAGUCUGAAACUGAGUAAUAUAUUUGAUACACGUUUUCUCAAAACAGUUUCUAACAGGAAGUGUUUGACAGCAGUACAUGUUAGGGGAUGAGUUCUCAUGAUUUUUUUUGUGGACAAAGAAAUGCUGAUGUAUUUCUUUUUGUGUGAAAAACAACCUGCUGUAUUUCUCUCCUGACCAGCUUGCCAGACAUGUUGGUGGCUCUGAUCAACAGUGUGAAGACUGAAGGGCCCAGGUGGAUUUUGGUGCUCCCCCUGCUCCACCUCCUCAAGGGAUCCUCCAAACCGUUCGCACCCAUAUCUACCACUGUCACCCCCAAGUACGAGCAGUCCUGGGCGGGCCUCCAAGGCCUCAAAGCGGGCAACAUGACACUCAACAGCCAGGACAGGAGGUACAUGACUUCUAUUCUCCUCGUCGUAUUAGAAAAUCAUUCUUAUUGUCUCACUAGAUUAUGCUAAAGGUUUGGCCUUUCGCAAUUACAGUGGGGAAAAAAAGUAUUUAGUCAGCCACCAAUUGUGCAAGUUCUCCCACUUAAAAAGAUGAGAGAGGCCUGUAAUUUUCAUCAUAAGUACACGUCAACUAUGACAGACAAAUUGAGAAAAAAAAAUCCAGAAAAUCACAUUGUAGGAUUUUUAAUGAAUUUAUUUGCAAAUUAUGGUGGAAAAUAAGUAUUUGGUCACCUACAAACAAGCAAGAUUUCUGGCUCUCACAGACCUGUAGCUUCUUCUUUAAGAGGCUCCUCUGUCCUCCACUCGUUACCUGUAUUAAUGGCACCUGUUUGAACUUGUUAUCAGUAUAAAAGACACCUGUCCACAACCUCAAACAGUCACACUCCAAACUCCACUAUGGCCAAGACCAAAGAGCUGUCAAAGGACACCAGAAACAAAAUUGUAGACCUGCACCAGGCUGGGAAGACUGAAUCUGCAAUAGGUAAGCAGCUUGGUUUGAAGAAAUCAACUGUGGGAUCAAUUUAUUAGGAAAUGGAAGACAUACAAGACCACUGAUAAUCUCCCUCGAUCUGGGGCUCCACGCAAGAUCUCACCCCGUGGGGUCAAAACGAUCACAAGAACGGUGAGCAAAAAUCCCAGAACCACACGGGGGGACCUAGUGAAUGACCUGCAGAGAGCUGGGACCAAAGUAACAAAGCCUACCAUCAGUAACACACUACGCCGCCAGGGACUCAAAUCCUGCAGUGCCAGACGUGUCCCCCUGCUUAAGCCAGUACAUGUCCAGGCCCGUCUGAAGUUUGCUAGAGUGCAUUUGGAUGAUCCAGAAGAGGAUUGGGAGAAUGUCAUAUGGUCAGAUGAAACCAAAAUAGAACUUUUUGGUUAAAACUAAACUUGUCGUGUUUGGAGGACAAAGAAUGCUGAGUUGCAUCCAAAAAACACCAUACCUACUGUGAAACAUGGGGGUGGAAACAUCAUGCUUUGGGGCUGUUUUUCUGCAAAGGGACCAGGACGACUGAUCCGUGUAAAGGAAAGAAUGAAUGGGGCCAUGUAUCGUGAGAUUUUGAGUGAAAACCUCCUUCCAUCAGCAAGGGCAUUGAAGAUGAAACGUGGCUGGGUCUUUCAGCAUGACAAUGAUCCCAAACACACCGCCCGGGCAACGAAGGAGUGGCUUCGUAAGAAGCAUUUCAAGGUCCUGGAGUGGCCUAGCCAGUCUCCAGAUCUCAACCCCAUAGAACAUCUUUGGAGGGAGUUGAAAGUCCGUGUUGCCCAGCGACAGCCCCAAAACAUCACUGCUCUAGAGGAGAUCUGCAUGGAGGAAUGGGCCAAAAUACCAGCAACAGUGUGUGAAAACCUUGUGAAGACUUACAGAAAACAUUUGACCUGUGUCAUUGCCAACAAAGGGUAUAUAACAAAGUAUUGAGAAACUUUUGUUAUUGACCAAAUACUUUUUUUCCACCAUAAUUUGCAAAUAAAUUCAUAAAAAAUCCUACAAUGUGUUUUUCUGGAAUUUUUUUCCUCAUUUUGUCUGUCAUAGUUGACAUGUACCUAUGAUGAAAAUUACAGGCCUCUCUCAUCUUUUUAAGUGGGAGAACUUGCACAAUUGGUGGCUGACUAAAUACUUUUUUUCCCCACUGUAUCUUCUGUUCCUUUUUUGGUAAACGAACAAAGAAACAAAAUUCCCUCUAGAAAUGAAUAUUUUAAACCUAAGAAUUCUAGGGCACUGCAUCCUAGAGAUCCUGGUUCAAGGCCAGGCUCUGUCGCAGCCGGCCGCGACCGGGAGACCAAUGGGCGGCGCACAAUUGGUCCAGCGUCGUCCAAUGUAGGGGAGGGUUUGGCCGGCAGGGAUGUGGGUUCGUUUCCCACGGGGGGCCAGUAUGGAAAACAAACAAAACAAACAAAAAAACAUGUAUGCAUUCACUAACUGUAAGUCGCUCUGGAUAAGAGCGUCUGCUAAAUGACAAAAAUGUAAAUGUAAUAGAUACAUACAUACAGUGCCGUCGGAAAGUAUUCAGACCCCUUGACUUUUUCCACAUUUAGUUACAGCCUUACUCUAAAAUUGAUUUUAAAAAUCCUCCGCAAUCUACACACAAUACCCCAUAAUGACAAAGCAAAAACAGGUUUUUAGAAAUGUUUGCAAACUAUGGGUUAUUUUUAUUAUUUAAUCAAUUUUAGAAUAAGGCUGUAACGUAACAAAAUGUGGAAAAAGUGAAGGGGUCUGAAUACUUUCCGAAGGCACUGUAUAUAAUAUAUUAUUUUUUAUAUAUGAAUUGGUGAUCUCUGAUAUCCCUUCUUUUUCCACUCCUUUUUUCCCUCUGUUUUUAGAGCGAUGUUGAAUCUCAUGAAAAACAACGGCCAUCUGGUGGAGAUGGACAGACUAGUGUCUCGGUCCUGGAUGUGUCUGCUGCCCAUAGAGGACUUGAUGGAAUGCAGCGUCCUCAUCAACGUGGAACUGCUGGACCUGCUCCAUGUCUUCACUCUGAGGGCCCCUCAGGAUGUCACCUAUAGCAACAACCAGGUGAGCUGGACCCUAGUUUCCCCCCUAACUACAGUGCCUACAGAAAGUAUUCACACCCCUUGACUUACUCCACAUUUUGUUGUGUUACAAAGUGGGAUUAAAAUGGAUUUACUUGUCAUUUUUUGUUAACGAUCUACACAAAAUACUCUGUCAGUGGAAGAAAAAUUUGAACAUUUGUACAAUAAAAUUAAAUAAAUUAAACACUAUCUUGAUUGAUAAGUAUUAAACCCUCUGAGUCAAUACAUGUUAGAAUCACUUUUGGCAGUGAUUACAGCUGUGAGUCUUUCUGGGUAAGUCUCUAAGAGCUUUCCACACCUGGUUUGUGCAACAUUAACCCAUUUAGUAUUUUCAAGAUUCUUCAAGCUCUGUCAAAUCUGUUGUUGAUCAUUGCUAGACAACCAUUUUCAGGUCUUGCAAUAGAUUUUCAAGUAGAUUUAAGUCAAAACUGUAACUCGGCCACUCAGGAACAUUCACUGUCUUCUUGGUAAGCAACUCCAGUGUAGAUUUGGCCUUGUGUUUUAGGCUAUUGUCCUGCUGAAAGGUGAACUGAACCAGGUUUUCCUCGAGGAUUUUGCCUGUGCUCCGCUCCAUUCCAUUUCAGCUGAUUAUUUCAACUGAUUUUUAAGCAAAUUAUUACUCCUUAAUGUAUUUAGGCUUGCCAUAACAAAAAGGUUGAGUACUUAUUGACUCAAGACAUUUCAGCUUUUUAUUUUUAAUCAAUUAGUAAAACAUUUGAAAAACAGAAUUCCACUUUGAUAUUAUGGGGUAUUCUGUGUAGGCCAGUGACAAUCUGAAUCUUAAAUUCAGGCUGUAACACAACAAAACGUGGAAAAAGUCAAGAGGUGUAUGUACUUUCUGAAGGCACAGUAUGUAAAGCGCAUUGAGCAGCUGGUAAACGUACUAUAUAGCUAAAUCCAAUCAGUUGUUAUUAUAACUAGUUGAAUAACUAAUACACUGUAGGAGUGGGCUAUGGUAGUUUAGUGGUCUUAGUCGCUUACUCCAGAACAUACGUGUGUGUGUGUACAGUACCAGUCAAAGGUUUGGACACACCUACGCAUUCAAGGGUUUUCUUUAUUUUUACUAUUUUCUACAUUGUGGAAUAAUAGUUAAGACAUCUAAACUAUGAAAUAACAAAUAUGGAAUGAUGUAGUAACCAAAAAAAGUGUUAAACAAAUCAAAAUAUAUUUUAUAUUUGAGAUUCUUCAAAGUAGCCACCCUUUGCCUUGAUGACAGCUUUGCACACUCUUGGCAUUCUCUCAACCAGAUUCAUCUGGAAUACUUUUCGAACCGUUUUGAAGGAGUUCCCACAUAUUUUGAGCACUUGUUGGCUGCUUUUCCUUCACUCUGCCGUCCGAUUCAUCCCAAACCAUCUCAAUUGGGUUGAGGUCGGGGGAUUGUGGAGACCAGGUCAUCUGAUGCAGCACUCCAUUACUCUCCUUCUUGGUAAAAUAGCCCUUACACAGCCUGGAGGUGUGUUGGGUCAUUGUCCUGUUAAAAAACACAUUUCCGAGGCUGGUAACUCUAAUGAACUUAUCCUCUGCAGCAGAGGUAACUCUGGGUCUUCCAUUCCUGUGGCGGUCCUCAUGAGAGCCAGUUUCAUCAUAGCGAUUGAUGGUCUUUGCGACUGCACUUGAAUAAAUAUUCCGGAUUGACUGACCUUCAUGUCUUAAAGUAAUGAUGGACUGUCGUUUCUUUUUGUUUGUUUGAGCUGUUCUUGCCAUAAUAUGGACUUGGUCUUUUACCAAAUAGGGCUAUCUUCUGUAUACCUUGUCACAACACAACUGAUUGGCUCAAACGCAUUAAGAAGGAAAGAAAUUCCACAAAUUAACUUUUAAGAAGGCACACCUGUUAAUUGAAAUGCAUUCCAGGUGACUACCUCAUGAAACUGGUUGAGAUAAUGCCAAGAGUGUGCAAAGCUGUCAUCAAGGCAAAGAGUGGCUAUUUGAAGAAUCUCAAAUAUAAAAUAUAUAUUUGGAUUUGUUUAACACUUUUUUGGUUACUGCAUGAUUCCAUAUGUGUUUAUUUCAUGGUUUUGAUAUCUUCACUAUUAUUCUACAAUGUAAAAAAUAGGAAAAAUAAAGAAAAAUCCUUGAAUGAGUAGGUGUGUCCAAACUUUUGACUGGUUGCAGCACACUCUCUCCUCUAUCUUUCCUAUCUCUGUAUCCUAGCCAAUAAACCCAGAAUGUUUUUAAAAGUAUUAUACAGCAUUCAACUUGUUAUUAACUUUAACAAUGUGUUUUUUUUCUGCCCUGCAGUAUGUGUCGGACACUCUCUCAUACAUUCAAAGCAAUCUCAUCGAGGAGAAAUACAGGUGAUUGACUUACUGAACCUAAUUUGGUUCACUCGUUUCCUUCUGAUCUUUGAUGAUAGUUAUCGUAAAACAUGUUUCUUGUGGUUGCAGUUGUUUUAGUGAGGCGUAUGGCAGAGAGUGCUUGUCAACUGCAGUGAAACUACUUGAGAAGAUCUGCAGAGGAGUACGAUCGACUUCUACAUACACUCAGAACUUCACAGACAUCCCUGUGGCAUGCAUGAACAUGGUUGUCUCCGUAUCUGAGUUUGCCCGGACCUUUGAGUCACAGGUAUGUGGAGUUCAAGUAUCAAAUGUCUGAUAACUCAUUUAGACUUUGCCCUAGAAAAGCGGUUGGCCAUCAUAUUAUCAUGAUACAUAGGUGCCGAUAUGAUAUGUAUUGCGAUUCUAUAUGUACAGUGCAUUCGGAAAGUAUUCAGACCCCUUCACUUUUUCCACAUUUUGUUACGUUACAGCCUUAUUCUAAAAUGGAUUAAAUACACAUUUUUCCUCAUCAAUCUCCACACAAUACCCCAUAAUGAGAACGCGAAAACAGGUUUUUUGAAAUGUUUGCAAAUUAAUAAAAAACAGAAAUACCUUAUUUACAAAUGUAUUCAGACCCUUUGCAAUGAGACUCGAAAUUGAGCUCAGGUUCAUCCUGUUUCCAUUGAUCAUCCUUGAUGUUUCUACAACUUGAUUGGAGUCCACCUGUGGUAAAUUCAAUUGAUUGGACAUUAUUUUGAAAGUCACACACCUGUCUAUAUAAGGUCCCACAGUUGACAGUGCAUGUCAGAGCAAAAACCAAGCCAUGAGGUCGAAGGAAUUGUCCGUAGAGCUCUGAGACAGGAUUGUGUCGAGGCACAGAUCUGGGGAAGGGUACCAAAAAAUGUCUGCAGCAUUGAAGGUCCCUAAGAACACAGUGGCCUCCAUCAUUCUUAAAUGGAAGAAGUUUGGAACCACCAAGACCCUUCCUAGAGCUGGCCGCCCAGCCAAACUGAGCGAUCGGGGGAUAAGGGCCUUGGUCAGAGAGGUGACCAAGAACCCAAUGGUCACUCUGACAGAGCUCCAGAGUUCCUUUGUUGAGAUGGGAGAAUCUUCCAGAAGGACAACCAUCUCUGCAGCAUUCCACCAAUCAGGCCUUUAUGGUAGAGUGGCCAGACGGAAGCCACUCCUCAGUAAAAGGCACAUGAUGCCAAAAGGCACCUGAAGGACUCUCAGACCAUGAAAAACAAGAUUCUCUGGUCUGAGAUUGAACUCUUUAGCCUGAAUGCCAAGCGUCACGUCUGGAGGAAACCUGGCACCAUCCCUUUGGUGAAGCAUGUUGGUGGCAGCAUCAUGCUGUGGGGAUGUUUUUCAGCGGCAGGGACUGGGAGACUAGUCAGAAUCGAGGGAAAGAUGAACAGAGCAAAGUACAUAGAGAUUCUUGAUGAAAACCUGCUCCAGAGUGCUCAGGACCUCAGACUGGGGCAACGGUUCACCUUCCAACAGGACAGCGACCCUGAGCAUACAGCCAAGACAACGCAGGAGUGACUUCAGGACAAGUCUCUGAAUGUCCAGCCAGAGCCCGGACUUGAACCCGAUCAAACAUCUCUGGAGAGACCUGAAAAUAGCUGUGCUGCGACGCUCCACAUCCAGCCUGACAGAGUUUGAGAGGAUCUGCAGAGAAGAAUGCAAGAAACUCCCCAAAUACAGGUGUGCCAAACUUGUAACGUCAUACCCAAGAAGACGCGAGGCUGUAAUCGCUGCUAAAGGUGCUUCAACAAAGUACUUAGUAAAGGGUCUGAAUACUUAUGUAAAUGUGAUAUUUCAGGUUUUUAUUAUUAAUACAUUUGCAAACAAUUCUAAAAACCUAUUUUUGCUUUGUCAUUAUGGGGUAUUGUGUGUAGAUUGAUGAUGGGAAAACAACAAUUUAAUCAAUUUUAGAAUAGGGCUGUAACGUAACAAAAUGUGGAAAAAGUGAAGGGGUCUGAAUACUUUCCGAAUGCACUGUAUCAUUAUUCUUUAUUGCGAUUCAAUGUUCCAAACAUAUUGCUCUCUAUAUGUCUGCUUCAGAGAGACGAGAGAUCAUUGAAAAUAAAAGUGCUGAAAACAUGUUGGUUCACUAUUUUAAAAGAAGAUAGAGAACAUGCUAUAGAAGGAGAAAUAUCAGCGUUUUGGCGCAUGUACAGCCGACUAGUUCAGACCAUAGAAAAACAAUUACUAGAAGGGACAUUCCCCUUUAAGUCCAUUUUCUGUGAUGGGUGGACCGGCGGCCAUAUUGAGUGCUCCCAUGAGUGUUCCUGUCAAAUUGCUAUGGUAUGAGGGGCUUUCUAGUAAUCAGAUCGCUAUGGUUGAGACAUUUUCCAAAAAUGAUUAAAAUAACUUACCAUUCCUUUCAAGGCAACUAAGGAUGUGGAAAGGGAGCAUAUGCAUGCCAAAGAGCUGGAGCUGCUGUCUGAGGCGAUGGUGAUCGUCAGAUCCUGGAUCGGCCAAACCUUCAGAGAUCGGUUGCUGGGCAGGGGUGCAUCCACCUUGUACCUCAGCGUCCAUGUUACCACAGAGAUUGAGGUGAACAUUUUAUAUUUUUGUUGUGCAAAUCAGAACGUUGAAUUUUUCCUUUUUUUUGUUGUAGUGCUGUGUCUGUUUUUUUUGACUAAUUGUGUUCUUUAUUUUUUGCCACGACUCACAGAUGUGGAACAACAUAAUCUCUCUCAAGUUCGCCAAUGACGAUUUCACAAAGGAAUGGAGACAAACGUUCACUAGGGACUUGGAGGGCAAACUGAAACGGGUAUGAAACUGCCACAUAUACAGUAGAAUUGAGAACUGACUGAAAUAUCCAUUGGUGAAAUGGCUGACAUACCUUUUCCACAUUUCUAGGAGUCUCCCCUGGAUCAGAUAGAGAUCUACUGUUCCCAGAUGGAGGUCCUGAAUGAAUCUCACCCUCACGUGGCCAGGAGUAUCGAGAAAUGUGCCUUGGAAGCUGUCACCUCACUGUGUCAGGUCAGUAGACUCGUGGUAACACUUUACUUAAAUACAGAUUUAAUAUAUAAUUACCUUUUUAUAAGUAGGUAUGAACCCAUAUAACAUUUUAUACAUGUUAUGCCUUUAUGACACUCAACCGCUUCUGAAUUAAAUGGAAAAUAAACCUUGAUGAAGAAGUUGGCUAAGACAUAUGCCUAAUCUCUUAUUUUAGUAAUUCAUAUACUGUAUGAAUCUCAAUCUCUUCAAUAUUUUUUCUUCUCACACAGAGCAAGUCCGAGGGUAAACUCUUUGACCGGUUCAGGAUCAACUGGAAGUUUGGCAAACUCAUCUCAGCUAUCAUCCAGAAGUCCUGGCCGAGAAACGAGCGUGGGGAUUACCACGAAGAAGACGAGGUGGUCUUUCAACAUCUGCUCUCCUGGACAGCUGCUAAGAACAUCUUCCAGCUACAUGGUACUUCCAUCAGUCUAUUUACUGUUCUUCAAUCAGUCUAUUUAAUGGACCUGUUUUAGUGUAUGUUACGAUUGCAUGAUGUUUUUGGCUGCCGUAUGGUGCCGCAAACAAAGACUCUCCACUUCUGGCGGUCUUUGGCCAUCACUGUGUCCCAGACCUGGUGAAGUUUUUGGAGCUCAAAUGUAUGUUGUGUUAUAAGAGUUUUUGUGAUCUCAGUGGUUUAAAAUGGAGUCCUGUAACUGUCUCACGCAUUUAACCCACCUUGUUUCAGUAUUCAGUGUGCUGCUUUUACCCCAUAUUGUAAUGUAAAUCGUAUGUGGUUUUAGGUUGCAGAUGAAAAGCUGAUUGACCAGCUCUCUGAAGAAGCCAGGGAAAGGAUGGCUGUAGCUAUCUCAUCCUUCACUGCCAUCUCCAAUCAGCUGGUCCACGGAAACAUCCGGAUCAAACUGCUCAACUCCGUCUUGGAGAAGAGGGAUACUUUCACAGAGCUGCUGAAAAUAGGUAAUGGAAGGUUGUGCUUUGUUGGGUUGAAAACGUUCCUUACGUUUCCAGCUUUUUCAGAAAUCCUGGUUGGAAGAUUCUUUCAACUGGGAAUUCCCCAACCGGGUAUAAAAUAUAUAGAGAACUUUUGGAACGUUUCCAUAAUUUUGCAACCCAAGUUCUUUGUUCAUAUGAAAGGAUUUCAUAAUAUUGUUAAAGGCUGUCUUUUUUAAAUCAUCUUAGUGCUUGCUGUUUGCUUAUGAAAUGUGUAUUUCGAUCUCGAUGCAGACUGUCUUUCUGAGAAUGAGCGCUACAAGGACAGCGCCCCCAUGAAAAGGCUGCUACUGUGUAGGCAGGAGGAGGUGAAUGCUGUCUACCAUGAGAAGGAGCUGGUGGAAGUCCUGCUUACCAUGAGCCGCAAACUACAGGAACAUGUCAUAGGUAGGGGUGUGUGCUGCUAAGCAGAUCUGUGAAUGUGUUUGAAAAGUCAUGGGUGAAUGAAAGUCAAAUCUUUCCAGGGAAGGUUGUGUUUGGUUGGUCUGAACAGUGAUCCUAAUAAUGUUCAUGCUUUAUCCCUCUAUGUCGCAGUUGACUUUGAAGGCUUGGAAGAGAGACUACAGACCAACAUCGAGGCCAUGACCCUGGACCAAUUCAUGGAGGUCCAUCCGUUUGACCAGCUCUCCUCUCCGAUGGCCGGUGUGGUCACCUUCUUCGAACUCGAUGACGACGUGAGAGAGAUGGCAGGGGUUCUGCACACAUUCAAAGACAGCUACAUCUUCAAGUUGUGCUGGGAGAAACAGGCCCAAGACCUUGCCAGGAGAGAUGGAUAUGACGAAGACCAUGAAGAACCGGCGGAAUCGGUCGACUACUUCGUAGGACCAGUCGAAAUACACAGCGAUAUUUUUCUGCCUUGCUAUGCUAAGUACGUUGAGAUCUACAAAUGCCUGAAGAACGGCAGCCUUCUGCUCGAAGAGGUCGAUACUCUCUUCAAGGCCUACAGAGGCAAGUACGAAGAGCUGGCUCAGGACUUGGAUAUCAUGUGCAGAAACGACAAGUCGGAUAACAAACAGUGGAUCCAAAGAAGGGUGCAGCAGAUUGAGCAGUACCACGAGCUUCACCUGGCUGUGGAGUCGGCUCAGGUCAUCAUGCUGGUCAAGCAGACUCUGAACCUUCAAGGCAACUUCCAAGUCCUGCAGACACUGCUUGAAGUUGUGAGUUGGUGUGAAUUGCUGUUUCAUUUAUUUGUUGUCACUGGUUUAAAACAAAUGUCUACCUCUUUUCUGCACAUUCACUGACAUAGCUAGGCAGCUAGUGUCCUGACGUGACUUACUUUAAUGUAUGAUUGUUAUUUAUCGAAUCACCUAUCUAUGUUUAAUUGUUACUCGAUUCAAUUAAUAAUGUAACAAUUAACUCAUUAGGAAUUUGGGGCACCACGGAAUAAGUUGUUUAAUGAGUUACCAUCUCCCGAAUUAAACUCUUAGAAGAUAAAUAUGUUAUCGAUAAGUCACUUAUUAAAUAAUUACCUCUUAUCAGUCUCAUUCUGAAUGUCGCAUAAUCCUUGAACCUGCAAGAACCCUAACCUUAUUGAUGAAUCAGCAAUAUACAAAUUGGCUUAAUUAUUUAGUUACUAACUAACUAAAUAAUAACACAAUACAAACACACACAGGUUAUUGAUUACUAACGUAAUACAAUGAAAACAUGUCCCUAGUGGACUGGACUAACAAGUAGUACUGGUUAGAAUGGAUACUUCAGAUGUACCAGCGGUUGUCGGAGAGGGAUUGUCCUUCCCACUUCGUGUCUUUAGUGAAAGUUCUCUAGACGACUAUACAUGCCAGCUGCAGACUGAAAUGAUAAGGUCUAGUGCAUUGUCGUCUUCUUCACCUCGUGUAGAGGUUGAGAGUUUCAGAGUUUCUCCAUUUCAAACGUGUGGACAAUGUCUCACGUUUUCUGGUCUUUCUAGUCUAACCAUUUUGUAACGUGUAGCUUCAGCUUCACGCUUCUUGGUCUUGUAGAGUGUCAACUAUUUUAAGCCGUGGGGCUUACUGGUCUGGUAGAAAUUCAACCAUUUGCAAUGUUUGGCUCACACUUCACAUCUGCUGGCCUAAAGGUUGAUUUGUUUUUCAAGGCUUUUUAUGCACUCGGGGUAAAAGGGGCUUCCAUCAUGUUUACACGACUCUGAUGUCACUCGGGGCGUGAGUAGUCACUGUGCGUAGUUUAUAUGAAACGUAUGGGUGGUCCCGGGGAUCGAACCCACUACCCUGGCGUUACAAGCGCCAUGCUCUACCAAUUGAGCUACAGAGGACCACAACAAUCACAUGACCCACUUUUGGAUGUUGGAGUCUUAGCGGGAAGACUUCCUUUGUCUCACAGGGAAAUUCUUUCUUCCCAUACUAGAGACCAAAAGGAGUCCUUUUCUGCAAACUAUUUAUGACUGGCUGUUAAGUCAUAAAACUGGCCCCAAGGAAAGGGGGUGUUCAAACCUUUGCCUAGCAGGAAUGUUUGAUCCUCAACCUAUGAGGGCAAGUCAUGACACUAGUUACCUUGGUAAUAAACUUAUUCUAGCCAGCCAACCGUCCUAAGCUACCUCUCAAACAUAGAAAAUGUUAGCAAGUUUGCUUUUGCCAAUAGGCAACAUUGUAUCAGCUUUCUAGCUAGUUUACAAUAUAUACCAAAAAUGUACGUAUGUCCUGGCCACCACUGCCGAAAAUGACAGCGCUCGUCAAAUGUUGGUUUAACAAAUUAAUGCUAGCUAGCUAACAAACUGCAUUGCGCCGACAUUGCACUGCACUUGAAUUAAAAAAAGGUAAUUUAUGUUUGAGCUGACACCCGUGGCGUUUACCAUUAAAUAUUAUCUUGCAGAAUGUCAAGGACAUUGUCAGGUACGUUGUCGGCGCAGUGUGAUCUGUUUGAAUCCCGACCAAAGUUAUCUGAAGCUAACAUUGCCAGGAUGUGUGUUCGGUUUUCUGUAUGAUAUGGAACGUUAAUAAGGCAUUUUGGCUGGAACUACACUGUAUUAAACCUUCAGCCAAUCAGAACCAAGUAGUGGUAUAACAAACAAUACUCAAACAAUUCGGUGUUUCUCUGUUGUCAGACGCAUGAGGACUUUAAGAGGGAGCACCUAGAUCGUAUUGACAACGACCUGAUGCAGACAAAGCUGGUUCUGGUGGACAUCACAGAGCCCCGCAGACUGUGCCUCCAGGAGCUCGGCCUCAGGAAAAACUUUGUCAUCUGGGUUAAAGAGGCUCUUGAAGGUAAAUUGGCUGAUGGAGUAUCAUCUGGGUUAAAGAAGCUUUGUUUGAAUAACCUGUCAGUAAUCAGUCACUAACUGUAUCUAUUGAAAAUAGAUAGUCACAUGUUUCAUGUGAUUAUCAUGAGGUCUCAUCAUGUUAUUUGUUAUUCUGUAUCCAAACUGCUUGUCUGCAAAUUACCCAUUGUGGGAUAAAUGUAGUGCUAUUGAAUUGGAUUAAUCAAUCUGUUGUGCAUUAUUCCAGAUAUAAACGAGCUUAAAGUGUUUGUUGACCUGGCCUCCAUCUCUGCUGGGGAGAAUGACCUCGACGUGGACCGUGUGGCCUGUUUCCACGACGCCGUCCUGGGUUACUCCCCGAUGCUGUACGAACUGAAGCCAGACUCCGGUUUUCAGGCCUUCAAGGAGGUGCUGAAGAAGCUGUGGAGGGCAUUGGACAAUGACAACAACCUCCCAAAGAAGCUGGUGAGAGUUUUUUUAUGAUAUUUAACUUAUUUUCAACCUACCUUAAAUAAGCCAAAACUUCAAAAAGUGAACUAUCCCUUUAAAAGUGGAAACUACCUGACUGUGAAUGUCCUUAUUGCAGCGUGACACAGCGCGCCACCUUGAGUGGUUGAAGACUGUGAAGGACAGCCAUGGAUCUGUGGAACUAUCCUCUCUCUCCUUAGCAUCAGCCAUCAACAGUAAAGGAAUCUACAUAAUCAGUGCCCCGAACCAAAAGAAGGUAGGCCUGAACAAUAAGCCAUAGAAUAUACAGUUGUGUAACUUUUGAGUUUAUUUUCAAGAUGGUUGAAACUAUCAGCUGUUACUCAUGUUCAUUUUAGCCAGGACUUUGUUCCAACUGCUUACCUAUGCUUUGAAGUUCGGUUAAAACUUUUAGAAUGAAACUUCAGGGGAGUAGAAUAAUGAUGUCCUAGUUCUACAGUGCCAUGCUUCGACAGUAUUUUUGUCUGUUUGUCCUUCCAGUUGAGCCUGGACACGGCCCUGAAACUGCAGAUCCCAGAGGAGCACGACGAGGGCCAUGAGAUGCGCCGUUACUCCCUGGAGGACCUGAGGGAACUGCAGAACAAACUCAUGCUCAUGUCUGGGAAAGGGGACCAGGGCCAGUGUGAGGUGGACCAGUUUGCAGAGGUACUGUAGUCUUUCUGUCUCUGUGUCUUUCUCUUUAAUUUAACAUUUAUUUAACCAGGCAAGUCAGUUGAGGUUGAAGCCUCUUCUCUAAGGUGAGCUUGGUAAAUAUACUGCUAUGUUGUUUUAGUCAUAUAGUUAUAGCAGAGAGGAGCAUUUUGUAUGGGCCGUUACUCAUUUUGUAUGAGUGGCGCAGUGGUCUAAGGCACUGCAUCGCAGUGCUAACUGUGCCACUAGAGAUUCUGGUUCGAAUCCAGGCUCUGUCGCAGCCGGCCGCGACCGGGAGACUCAUGGGCGGCGCACAAUUGGCCCAGCGUCGUCCAGGGUAGGGGAGCGAAUGGCCGGCAGGGAUGUAGCUCAGUUGAUAGUGCAUGGCGUUUGCAACGCCAGGGUUGUGGGUUCGAUUCCCACGGGGGGCCAGUAUAAAAAAAUAUGUAUUCACUAACUGUAAGUCGCUCUGGAUAAGAGCGUCUGCUAAAUGACUAAAAUGUAAAUGUAAAAUGUAAAUAAAACAAGGAUUCACUUUGUUCUUUUCCUCAGGUUUUUGCCAGUGUCCAGAGGCUAGCUGUGGCAUUCAUUGCCCUGUUCACGGCUGGGAACCCCCUGUUCAGACACUGGGAGGCCAACAUCAACUGUAGUUCCCUCAGCCAAGACGCCGGGAUCAUCAUGGACUUCAACCUUGGCAGCAUUGUAAGUGUGAUUAUGGUGGAGGGCAGCAUUGUGGAGCAGCUUCCCGAGCUGUGCAGGAAGAUGGAGAAGUGUCUGAAGUACUGGAAUGACUUCAUGGACAAACAAAGAUCCCACAAUUACUACCUGAACUACUACACCGCUGAGCAGAUCGUAUACCUGUGCAGUAAGCUCACUCAGCAGAAUGUGUCGAAUUUGGAGGACCAAGUUCUCAUGAUGCUCUCCUUCGUCAAACCCAACUGCACGGCUUCUGAUCUUAGGCAAACCUGGCACACACUCCAAUACGAAAUCCUCACUAACCCACCUGAGCAAAAUGAGGACGUUGACUUCCAGACUUUUGUUGAGGUGCCGAGCAGUGCACAGGGAGGUCCAGAUUUCAUUAGAGAGUUUAAUCUCUCCUCAGACGAUCUUCCAAGUCUUGUGGAGCACAUUAGCGGCUCAGGAAAGUUGGACUUGAUGUGGAACGCCUACAUGAGAGACAUGAAGAGUUUCCUCCCAGACACUCUCGAUGUCCGAAGCUUUGGAAGACUGUUAGAAAUUCUGGCCAACAUAGGUGAUGAGAAUGAAGGAGACAUGACUGAUGAGAAUAAAGACCAAAGCAUUGAAAGACUGAUGCCCAAGGGCCUGGCUAUCGGAAGUCCAAACCUCAUAGUUUCCCCACACGACGAGAUCCUGACGGCUUGCAUCUCCAUUUACAUGAGCAGCAAACACGAGCCGCUGCCUACAUACGAUGAGGUCCUACUGUGCAGCUCCUCCAUGCCUUACGAGCAGGUGGAGCUGUUCCUCAGACGUUGCCUCACUGCCGGCUACAGAGGACAGAAGAUCUACACCAUGCUCUACGGAGAUCAGCUGAGCUACGACGUCAGCUCCAAAGUGGAGAGCUUUUUCCAGCGAAUCAAGAUGCAGAGCAGGAAGGACUACAGGCUUGUGAUCAUCUGCAGCUCGGACCGAGAGCAUGCUGCCUACCUUCCCUCGGCCUUCAGCCAGUACAGGUUACACAUGGUGCCCCAGGAACCCCUGAGCGGUAUCCAGAGAUACCUCAACAAACACUACACGGUUCCGUCAGAUCAGAGCAGUGCUGCUGCUGUGUUCAAGGACAGACUGUUUGUUGGAGUUGUGUCAUCCAGUAGAGCUGGAGUUGGUGAGUAUAUUUGUCCUUCAGUUUAUGUAUACUCUUUUGUUGAUCAUUGAAUUGGUGGUUUGAUAUAUCCUACUUAUCCGCUGGAUUUAUGCUCAAAAUAAUGACAUGUUCUUCACACUUUCAGGUAAGUCCCUUUACAUCAAGAGGCUGUAUGAAAAACUGAAACACUCCACCAAGAAGCCUUCACUGCUGAAAUGCAUCCGCUUGAUCGAGCCAAGGGUUGAUGAGAAUGUCAUUCUUCAGUCUCUGCUGAAUACCCCCAAGUCGAAAGAGCUCACCAUCUUCCACUUCGAUGUCACAUCUUCGGUAAAUAUACUGUAGCCUAUUUGUCAUUAUGACUUCCUUAGUGAUACUUUAACUAUUUUUGAUAGAAUGUUUAUCCAUGUAGAUUCGUUCUGUGAUAUUUUGAUGAAAUUUUUCUUUUUUUUUGUAUUUAUCAACAGGUGCAGAAAGGCCUCUAUGAGUUUCUCUUCAAACUGUUGGUCUUGGGAUAUUUGAUGGAUUCUGAGGGAAGGAUGUGGAAAUGCAGCAACAAGCAGCUUUACGUCAUUGAGAUCCUACAGUCAACAGGAAACUUGCCCAGAAAUGGCCCAAGAACGGUAAAUAUUUAGUUUCUUGGUGUUAAAUCCCAUACAUUUUGAUUGUGAUAAGAGAAAAAGCACACUCUCACUUUCGUUCUUCACACUUUAUUUCUUUACAGAAUGCAAGUGCCAAUUCCACAUUCCUGGAUGUGUUCCCAAAUGUCUUCUGCCGCCCACCAAAAGAGGUUCUAGAUCUGGAAAUGAGGAUGCUAGAAGACCCCUCCUUUGUAAAGCUUGAAGACCCAUUAAUGGAUGACCAAGAGUUCAGGAGUGAAGCGUACCAACGACCCUACCAGUAUCUGACGCGUUUCCAUAAUCACAUCGACCUGGACACCUUCAUGUACAAUGGAGUGGAAGGCACCUAUGUAGAAUGUCUACAGAUGCUCUUUAUGUUCUGUGGCAUAAUGGACCCAUCGUGGGCCGAGUUAAGGAAUUUCGCAUGGUUCCUAAACCUUCAACUACAAGACUGUGAGACAUCAGUCUUUUGUGAUGCCUCUUUCACCGGGGACACCCUCCAGGGUUUCAAGAACUUUGUGGUUGACUUCAUGAUUCUGAUGGCCAAGGACUUUGCCACUCCGUCCCUCAGCAUCUCUGAUCAGAGCCCCGGGAGGCAGCAAAUGGACCUGACUGGGGUCAGCGACGAAGACUUGGCUCCCUUCCGGAUCAGGAAGAGAUGGGAGUCAGAACCACAUCCGUACAUCUUCUUCAACGAUGACCAUGUGUCCAUGACCUUCAUUGGCUUCCAUCUUCAGCCCAACGAACAGAACUCUGUUGACGCCAUCGAUCCAUCCACAAGAAGGGUGAUCAAAAGAGACAUCAUGACCAGAGAGCUGUACGAGGGUCUGAAGCUACAGAGAGUCCCUUUCAACAUCGAUUUUGACCAACUGCCCAGAGGGGAGAAGAUUGAACGCCUUUGCAACGUCUUGGGAAUCCAGUGGCCUCUUGAUCCUGACGAAACGUAUGAGCUCACCACCGACAACAUACUGAAGAUGCUGGCCAUCCACAUGCGGUUCAGGUGUGGCAUCCCAGUCAUAAUCAUGGGGGAGACAGGCUGUGGGAAGACGAGGCUCAUUAAAUUCCUCUGUGAGCUUAGGAGGAGCGGAGUGGCCACGGAGAACAUGAAGCUAGUCAAAGUUCACGGUGGAACCAGCUCAGACAUGAUCUACACCAAAGUCCGGGAAGCAGAAGCCAUUGCGUUCACCAACAAACAAGAUUACGGCUUUGACUCUGUCCUCUUCUUUGACGAAGCCAACACCACGGAAGCCAUCAGCAGUAUCAAGGAAGUCCUCUGUGAUAAUACAGUGAAGGGAGAGUGUUUGGUGCCCCGUUGCGGCUUGCAGAUCAUCGCCGCGUGCAACCCUUACAGAAAACACACUGACGAGAUGAUUCAGAGGUUGGAGUCUGCUGGACUGGGAUAUCGAGUCAGAGCUGAAGAGACUGAUGAGAAGCUGGGCUCUAUCCCUCUCCGCCAGUUGGUGUACAGAGUCCAGGCCUUGCCCCCCAGCAUGAUACCUCUGGUGUGGGACUUUGGACAGCUCAACGAUCACACUGAAAAAAUUUACAUCCAGCAGAUUGUCCAGAGGGUGGUUGAGACCAACACGAUCGAUAUAGUGUACACCAGGUUGAUCGCGGAUGUCCUGUCUGCUUCGCAGAGGUACAUGCGGACAAGGAAAGACGAAUGUAGCUUCGUAAGUCUGAGGGACGUGGAACGUUGCAUGCAAGCUUUUGUGUGGUUCUACAAAAACCAUGCGAUGCUGCUUGCUGAGCUAAAUCAGUAUCAGAGAAAUCAAAACGCUGAGAGGAACAAGAGGGAGCCAGAAGCAAGAGACCCAGUCUUGUGGUCUGUAGUGAUGGCUCUGGGAGUAUGCUACCACGCCUGCUUGGAAAACAAGGACAAGUACAGACAGAGAAUCUGCAAAUACCUCACUGAAACCUACACCCCAUUCAAAGUGAUGCAGGAGAUCUCCCUCAUGCAGGAUCUCCUUCUGAGCGGAGUGCCCCUGGGCGAAACUAUUGCACGAAACAACGCUCUGAAAGAGAAUGUCUUCAUGAUGGUGGUCUGUAUAGAGCUGAGAAUCCCCCUGUUCUUGGUGGGGAAACCUGGGAGUUCAAAAUCUCUGUCUAAAACCUUGGUGGCAGACGCCAUGCAGGGCCAAGCCGCACACUCUGACCUCUACAAAAGGCUGAAGCAAAUUCACCUGGUGUCCUUCCAGUGCAGCCCUCACUCCACACCAGAGGGCAUCAUCAACACGUUCAAACAAUGUGGUCGCUUCCAGGAGGGGAAGAACCUGAAGGAGUAUAUAUCUGUGGUGGUGCUGGAUGAGAUUGGCUUGGCCGAGGAUUCUCCCAAAAUGCCCCUGAAAACCCUCCAUCCUCUGCUAGAAGAGGGAUGCAUCGAUGAUGAGCCGCUACCGCACAAAAAGGUUGGAUUCAUCGGCAUCUCCAACUGGGCUUUGGAUCCUGCGAAGAUGAAUAGAGGCAUUUUCGUCUCACGUGGCGACCCCGACGAGAAAGAGCUGAUUGAGAGCGCUAAAGGCAUAUGCUCGUCUGACACAAUGAUUUUGGAGAAGGUCAGGGAUUUCUUCCAACCCUUUGCCAGGGCCUAUCUAAACAUCUGCCGUAAACAGGGGAAAGGUUUCUUUGGUUUGCGUGACUACUACAGCUUGAUCAAGAUGAUUUUCGCGGUGACCAAGGCCUCCGAACAGAGGCCUAGUGCAGAGAAGAUUGUGGAGGCGGUCCUCAGGAACUUCAGUGGCAGGGAAGACGUGGAUGCAGUCACGGUCUUCACCAAAAGGCUCCAGAAAAUACAGAUCAACCUGAAUCUGGAGAGCAUCAGCACCAUCGAUCUUGUGAGACAAAACAUUUCAGCGAUUGGCCAGGAGGAAGAAUGCCGCUACUUGCUAGUUCUGACCAAGAACUAUGCAGCCCUACAGAUCCUGCAGCAGACCUUCUUCUCAGAGAGCUGCCAGCCAGAGAUUAUCUUCGGGUCUAGCUUCCCCAAGGACCAAGAGUACACCCAGAUCUGCCGCAACAUCAACCGAGUCAAGAUCUGCAUGGAAACCGGUCGAACCGUCGUGCUCCUGAACUUGCAGAACCUCUACGAAAGUCUCUACGAUGCUCUGAACCAGUACUACGUCUGCUUGGGAGGACAGAAGUACGUUGACUUGGGACUGGGGACACAUCGUGUCAAAUGUAGAGUGCACAAAGACUUCAGGCUGAUUGUCGUUGAGGAGAAAGAGGUGGUCUACAAACAGUUUCCAAUCCCUCUCAUCAACAGGCUUGAGAAGCACUAUCUGGACAUCCAUACAGUUCUCAAGGAGGAACAAAGAGCAGUUGUUGUAGAGUUGGACAAAUGGGUUGGGCAGUUUGUGGCCCUUAAUAACCAACACUCCAUGGCCCCCCAGACAUACAAGUACCUACCUCCUGACGUUUUCAUUGGCUUCCAUUCCGACACGUGUGCUUCAGUGGUCCUCCAAAUGACAGAGAAACAGAGGGGAGAGACAGACAUUUCUGACCCCCAAAGAAGAGUCCUGGAUGAGGCCAAACUGAUCCUUCUGAACUGUGCCACUCCAGACUCGGUGGUUCGGCUGGACUGCACUGGUCUCCCCCGGGUGGAGAGUGAACAUCUGGCCAGGGUGUACUUUGAGGACCAGAAGCACAGCUCUUUGGCCGACUUCAUCUUCUCUCACACUCAACAAGACGAGCAGUGCCAUUCCUCCUUCACAGAGGUAACCAUUUUUUUCAUCACAAUCAAAAGUAGGCUUUAAAAAUUCCAGAAACGUUCCAAGAAUUCCCAGGUUUUCAGAAGUCUCGAUUGGGGGAUUCCCGUAAUUAGGAGGGAACCCUCCAAUUAGGAAUCCUCCAACAAGGAUUUCUGAAAACCACGGUAACUUUGGGAUAUUACAUUUUGCAACUCUUAUUAAACGUUUGUUUAUAUAGUGCUCAUUUCUUAUUUGAACUUUCCCAGGUGACCACCUUUUCCAGACUUUUAACAGCAUCAGAUGUUGGACCACUGGAAGAGGUGGUGCACAAUGUCGAGCUUCUCUCUCUUCAGCAGUUUGACACUGAGCACUCCUUCCUCAAGAAGAUCAGGUUUGACACGUUUUAGUUCAUCCUCAUAAUGCUUUAUUGAUUAUCCAUUAGCCGUUGAGUUGAAAGCUUUUGGUCAGGUUAAAAACAUUGCUCUCUUCUUAGGCAUUUCCUCAAGUCUGGAAAUGGGAGAGAGAAUACAUCUGGCAACAAAAUACUGAUCAUUCAGUCAGAUUUUGAUGAAGCGUCGCACAGUGCAAAUCUCAUUGCCUCCGCCAAGUAAGUGAAGUCUGGAAUACAUUUAAUUUGAUAGAAUCCGAUUUAGUUGUAUGUAUUUAUCUAAUAAUGUAUCUAAUUCAUUUCAGAUAUUCUGCCAUCAAUGAAAUCAACAAAUCAAGACAAGAGGAGAUGGGAGGCAAGGUCUUCGUCUACUUCAUUACUAAACUGCCAAGAAUGGAAGGAGGGACAUCCUAUGUUGGAUUUCAUGGAGGUGAGGUUAUCGUUGGUUCAAACAUUUUACAGCUUUAGAACAUGUUGAAAUAAUCUGAGAUUGAAAUACAUGUAUAUAUUUUUUUCAUUAAGUUAUACAUUUUUUGAAAUCCCAUAUAGACCCUUGGAGGUCAGUUCAUAUAGAUGACCUCAGAAGAUCUAAAGAUAUUGUGUCAGAUAUCAAAGCCUUGAGAAACCUUACCAUCAGUCAACUGUUUGAGGAGAAGAAGGAUGAGCCUGAAGGUGAAUUACCUUUUACAUUUGUAUUGAUAAUAAUGACAAUGUCUUCAUACUGAUAAACUUCUUCAGAAUGAAGUACCUGUCAACAUAGUUAAAAGAGCCUUCUAUGUUUGUGCACAGCUAUGGAGGUAGAUGACAUGUACACAGAGACAGAGCAACAGGAAUUGGAACACAAAGACCAAACAGUGAGUUUUACAGUAUUACUUACCCACCAGAUUGGCUGUGAUAUUCGCCUAUUGAUUUCUCCCGCCAGAGGGGCAUCCGUUGUCAAAAUGGGAUUGCCGUUCUGACUUUGUGGCUGUGUUAUAUAGUGCAAAUGUCAUUUCCUGGUUGCUACAAUUCUACACAGUUCGCUCAAUUUCAGUUUAUGUAAGAAAACAAGCACUGAAUAGUGUAGGGCAGGGCUGCCCAACCCUCUUCCUGGAGAUCUACCGUCCUGUGGGUUUUCAGUCCAACCCUAAUUUAACACACCUGAUUCUACUUAUUAGCUGCUCAACAAGACCUUUAACUAGCUAAAUCAGAUAUGAUAAAUUAGGGUUGGACUGAAAACCUACAGGACAGUAGAUCUCCAGGAAGAGGGUUGGGCAGCCUUGGUUUAGGGAAUCAUUGUACCAUCUAAAUCACUGUGAAAUAUAUUUUCAAUAACAAAAAAGCUUGAAACAGCGUUUUUUGUUAUUGAAAAUAUAUUUCACAGUGAUUUAGAUGGUACAAUGAUUCCCUACACUAUUCAGUGCUUGUUUUCUCACAUAAACUGAAAUUGUGCAAACGGUGUAGAAACAAUCAUAUUUUUGGUUGAAAGGUCCUAUAUGACAGGUCUACAGUAUUUAGCAUUAAAAACAGAUAUAAUCUAAUUGUUUAAAUGAGGAUGGACUUUGAUGUUAGACUAACAUUUAGGUGUUUAAUAGUUGCUACAAUAUUGUUUUGGCAUUCUGAUUGUUGGACUUCCUCUUAUAAAAGCCUUUUCCUCUAGUAGGGUUUUACUGUAAAACACUAUCAUUCCGCUAUUAGCGGCAGAUAGAUUAUCUGGUCUUUCUGAAAUUACAAUGCAAAAAUUCAAAACAAUCCUGUGUGUAGCACCAUUUUAAAUAUUGUGUGUACAUAACCCAUGUUGUUUUAGUGUACAUACAGUGCAUUUGGAAAGUAUUCAGCCCCUUGACUUUUUUCACAUUUUGUUACGUUGCAGCCUUGUUCUAAAAUGGAUUACCCUCUAUACCCCAUAAUGACAAAACAAAAACAGGUUUUGGAAAUGUUUUGCAAAUGUAUAAAAGGAAAAAACUGAAAUAUCACAUUUACGUAAGUAGUCAGACCCUUUACUCAGUACUUUGUUGAAGCACCUUUGGCAGCGAUUACAGCCUAGAGUCUUCUUGGGUAUGACGCUACAAGCUUGGCACACCUGUAUUUGGGGAGUUUCUCCAAUUCUUCUCUGCAGAUCCUCUCAAGCUCUGUCAGGUUGGAUGGGGAGCGUUGCUGCACAGCUAUUUUCAGGUCUCUCCAGAGAUGUUCGAACGGGUUCAAGUCCGGGCUUUGGCUGGGCCCCUCAAAGACAUUCAGAGACUUGUCCCGAAGCCACUCCUGCGUUGUCUUAGCUGUGUGCUUAGGGUCGUUGUCCUGUUGGAAGGUGAACCUUUGUCCCAGUCUGAGGUCCUGAGCACUCUGGAGCAGGUUUUCAUCAAGGAUCUCUCUGUACUUUGCUCCGUUCAUCCGUUCAUCUUUCCCUUGAUCCUGACUAGUCUCUCAGUCCCUGCCGCUGAAAAACAUCCCCACAGCAUGAUGCUGCCACUACAAUGCUUCACCGUAGGGAUGAUGCCAGGUUUCCUCCAGACGUGACACUGCUUCCCUUUAAGAAUGAUGGAGGCCACUGUGUUCUUGGGGACCUUCAAUGCUGCAGAAAUGUUUUCGUACCCUUCCCCAGAUCUGUGCCUCGACACAAUCCUGUCUCGGAGCUCUACGGACAAUUCCUUCGACCUCAAGGCUUGGUUUUUGCUCUGACAUGCACUGUCAACUGUGGGACCUUAUAUAGACAGGUGUGUGCCUUUCCAAAUCAUGUCCAAUCAAUAGAAUUUACCACAAGUGGACUCCAAGUUGUAGAAACAUCUCAUGGAUGAUCAAUGGAAACAGGAUGCACCUGAGCUCAAUUUCGAGUCUCAUAGCAAAGGGUCUGAAUACUUAAAAAAAAUAUAUAUACAUUUGCAAAAAUGUCUAUACCUGUUUUUGCUUUGUCAUUAUGGGGUAUUGUGAUUAUUAAAAAAUAUAUAUAUAUAUAUGUUUAGAAUAAGUCUGUAACGUAACAAAGUGGAAAAGUCAAGGUCUGAAUACUUUCCGAAUGCACUGUAACCCAUGUUGUUUUAGAACACCUUCCUCAUGUUUCAUGUGUCUUUGACCAUGUUCCUACUGCAGAGCUGGGGGAGAGUUGUGGACACCACGGCGCUGGUACGUAGCUGUGUACAGAACGCAGUGGGCAUGCUCCGAGACCAGCUGGAGGGCGGAGUCCGUAGCACCAGGAGAGUGGAGAUCCUGCUCACACUCCUGACUGACAACCAAGAAAUAAGAGGUAAGAGCAAUACUUCUAUAGUACUCAUUAUUUUUUGUUAAAAAAUUUUUAAGCGACUUGAAAGAUUUUUCUUGCGGUAAUAAGCGCUAUAUAAAAUACAUCUAUUAUUAUUGUUAUUAUUGCUGUUUAGACCUAUUCUCAGUAACUGCUUACCCAUUGGUGCGCUAUAUUUAAGCAGUAGUGCGUGCUAGCACUGGAGAAGUUUGAAAAUUGAGAGACUCAACAAGCAAUCUCCAUACUUCUCUGGCAUUACCAUGCCCGGGCUUGCAUGGAUACAGCACAACAAUGGGUGAUCAUUGACAUGCAUUCCAUUCACAAUGAUUAUACUCAGACUAUGAAUGUUUAUGAACAGCUGAAUUUCUGAGGACCGUGAAGAGACGUCUUCACUCGUUGCUGUCGACCCAUGAUGACAACAAGCUCAAACUGUCCUCAAAUAACUGGGUCAUCAAGGAGGCGUCCAACAUUGACGCACUGCAGGAAGGGGGGACAUUCAGGUGAGUGACCACUAUGAUUUCAAAACGUCUUAUACCAAUACAAAUCCUCAUCUGUUUGCUGAAUUCAAAGGGACCUUAAAUAGUUAGUUAAAAAAAGUGAUCUCUUUAUGGGACAUAAGAUAUUUUUGACCAUACAUUUUGACUUGUACCAUAUUGUCAAUAAACGGCUGUACUAAAGUGGUUUCUACCUUUUUGUACCAGACACACCCUAUGGAAGAGGGUGCAGGCUGUGGUUAUUCCCUUCCUGGCCCAGCUGGUCUCUGUCAUCGACCGCGACCGCAACCUGGACAUUCUGCUGGACUCCAACUCUGGAGAGGCGGUCAAGAAACUCUGGUUGGACAUCUUUGGGAACGACAAACUACUCGAGGUUCCCUACACAAGACUGGACCGCAAGUAAGUACUAUAUUGGCACAGCAAUGGUUAUGUUGUUGGUCUAGAAAGCAUAGAAAUAGAAUGACUAGAACGGCCAUUUCUAAUCAAGUCGUUGUUCUGCGAUGGGUGGACCUGCGGCCAUAUUGAGUAUUACAGUCAAAUUGCCGUGGUCUGAGGGGCUUUGUCCCUUCUAGUAAUUAUAUUUCUGUGUUCUAGACUAGAGAGGCUGUCUUCUGUCAGGUCUGAUUCUAGAAUGUCAGUGAAUCAACAACUCCCUCUCUCUUUCCACUCUACAUUAACCCCUCCCUCCCUGUCCCAGUUCAGAGUCAAAGACCAUCCUGGUCCAGAACUACAUUGGGCUGGACAAGAACAUCGGCUGCAUGAUGCCCUUCAGCUGGAGGAUCAGGGACUACCUGGAUGAACUCUGGGUCCAUGCUCUCCAGCGUGAAGGUAGUAGGUUAUGACAAUACCUCAUACGUCUAACUUAAAUAUCAGGGAUCAUCAACUAGAUUCAGCCAAGGGCUGUUUGUUAUUUAAAAAAUAAAUACAUUUAGUGGAUGGUGGGGGGCCUAAUUACAUAAUUACAAAUAAUUUGUAGACUGCAAAUUGACUGCAAGAAGCCCAAACAGAUAUAAUGUUUGACUAAAACAUGAUAAUUUCAAACCUUGCUUACAUUUGUAUAUGAUCACGUGUCUCUCUAUUUAGCGUGGGAAUACUUGGGAACAGAUUUCUUAAAUUAAAAUCACUUGGAGCUGAUUUCCUGGUGUUUUUACAGUCUUAUGUCCAACAAUGGAAAUAAAAAAAGUAUUUUAUUUAUUUUUAUCAGAAAACCCUGUUAUAUGUUGUAACCAGGGGUUGUAUUGGAGGAUAAUUCAUUUACGCACCUUGUUAUUUUGUGAAUGGGCAUUACGUAGGUCCUCUGUAGCUCAGCUGGUAGAGCACGGCGCUUGUAACGCCAAGGUAGUGGGUUCGAUCCCCGGGGCCACCCAUACACAAAAAAAUGUAUGCACACAUGACUGUAAGUCGCUUUGGAUAAAAGCGUCUGCUAAAUGGCUUAUUAUUAUUAUUAUUAUUAUUACGUAGCCAUUACGCCAAUUUAACGUUCAUCAUUUCGACCAACGUUCAGCAUUAACCCACCUUAUGUUUUACUGCUACAUCCCUGGUUGUAGUCUAUAUGUUGUGUUCCAUAAUUCUUCAGUACUAGGUCUCUUAUCUAAGAAUAAUCUUAUUUUCUCUUCAUUUAACCUAGUUAUGGUGUUUCCCUCUGGGAUGUUCAGGUCACACUCAGAGCCAGUUUGAGGAGUUCUUUAGGAAGACCCCACUGGGCCGCUACAUCACCAAGGCAGAACCGGAGAUGCAGGCUGAGUUCUUCCACAGAUACCUGCAGGAUUUCAUCUCCAUGACCAUGAAUGUGACCUGUCAGGACGAUCUGCAGGUAGGAGUUUCGUUUUUUUUAACUUUCAACAUUCAUAUCAUGAUGCCAUUAGUGUGUUUUUUUUAUGGAUCUCAGCAAUCCCUGGAAAACAGUGAUGUCUGUUUCUGACUGGACUGUUAAAGAUGAAUUUAAUUGUUAUUUCAAGGUGCUAAUUAUUAGUUUGUGUGUGUGGUUGUACGCAUCCAUACAUCCUAACCAAACAUCCAGCUCCUUUGCGGUGCCUUGACCUGUUGUGUGAACGAGCUGCGGCUGCGUCACGAUGACGUCAUGGAGAAGGAAGUGACCUCGCUGCCCUGGGUCCACGCUGCCUACCAUGAGUUUAAGAACCGCCUGCAGAACCUGUUCAGGAUGAUCAGUAUCGAGCCCCAGUUGGCCCAGGUCCUCCGGGGGAACACGCACGCCAGAGAGGGGGAUGAACUGGUCAGUAUUACUGGGGCGUUGUGAUUUUAUACCUGCUGUACUGGAUUCCUAAAUUUUGGCCAGCGCAAGCAGACCGCAAUCCACCUCCAUCAAGGGUUCUCGGUGUGAAAAUCUUGAAAUUAGAACCAGGAGCAGCACUGCUUACGCCCAUGUUUCAUUGAAAAAAAAGCAUCUCACGCUUGGCGAAAUGUAUAAGUCUAGUAUAGCAGGCCAGUUCAGUGUUAAAGGUCUAGUAUAGCAGGCCAGUUCAGUGUUAAAGGGAUUCAUUUUACUUCAAGCAGUGAUACUUUUGUUUUCUUCCAGUCUUUUGAAUGCUUGGUAGAGAUUAAAUGGAAGGUCAAUAUUUGUGUUUUAGCUCAAGCAUAGGGGAGAUCAGUGCUUGCUGGAAUAACACUUGUUUAUGCUGUGUGGGUUCUGUUGUAUUGGCACAAAUACUUGUGUUAAUAUAAUUUUACUUCAGGAACAAGGAUAUCUUAAGUAUAUUCCUCUGCAUUGUCAUUUUGCAUUGACCGUAGCCUUGUGUGCCAAGCAUCUGUUCUCCUCUGCCAGGAUGCAGAGCAAAUGUGAUAACGCAAUGUCUGGCUACACCAGACUGCAUUAACCCUCAAACCAUGCGUUAACUCCCCAGGUGCUGGACGUGUAUGCGGCCGUGGCCUGUGUAGAGUUCCUGGAGCCCCAGGCUCUGGACACGGACGGCCAGCGGCUGGUCUGGCUCAGGCAGGUCAAGAGGCUCCAGGUUCCCAUCGAGCUGGUCUGCUCCGAGGAGAGUCUGAGACACUAUGAGGAGAGGAGCAUGGUCAUGGUCCACAGAGUUCAGUGAGUUAACAGGGAUUCUAUUCAAUCUCAAUGACAGGAACAUGAAUGGCAAGGUUGACACAGUGACACUGACAUGGCCAGUACAUAAACUGACACUAUUUAUCAACUGCCGUUUGUUUUUGUUGCCUUGUCCCUUCAAAAGUCUUAUUUUUAUUUGAUUUAAAAGAAGUAUAAAGCUAUCCAGUCAUCUGAAUGGCAGUUUUGUAUUAUUUGGUAGCUGUUAAAACUUUAGAAUAACAGAAUGGCAGUUUAUUUUUUGAGUGAGUUGUGUUUGUUCUGUGGUUCCUGUAGGACCGGAUGGAACCGCAUUUUCACCCUGUCUCUGUUUGUGGAGCACAUGUUACUGGGCAUCGAGGCAGUGGAGAAGAAGCUGAAGCCUCUGGUCUUGGAGCACACCAGAGGGUUGUGCAAGGUCAGUGUGGUCUGGGGUCAUACAGUGGGGAAAAAAUGUAUUUAGUCAGCCACCAAUUGUGCAAGUUCUCCCACUUAAAAAGAUGAGAGAGGCCUGUAAUAUUCAUCAUAGGUACACGUCAACUAUGACAGACAAAAUGAGAAAAAAAUAUCCAGAAAAUCACAUUGUAGGAUUUUUAAUGAAUUUAUUUGCAAAUUAUGGUGGAAAAUAAGUAUUUGGUCAAUAACAAAAGUUUCUCAAUACUUUAUUAUAUACCCUUUGUUGGCAAUGACACAGGUCAAACGUUUUCUGUAAGUCUUCACAAGGUUUUCACACACUGUUGCUGGUAUUUUGGCCCAUUCCUCCAUGCAGGUCUCCUCUAGAGCAGUGAUGUUUUGGGGCUGUCGCUGGGCAACACAGACUUUCAACUCCCUCCAAAGAUUUUCUAUGGGGUUGAGAUCUGGAGACUGGCUAGGCCACUCCAGGACCUUGAAAUGGUUCUUACGAAGCCACUCCUUCGUUGCCCGGGGGGUGUGUUUGGGAUCAUUGUCAUGCUGAAAGACCCAGCCACGUUUCAUCUUCAAUGCCCUUGCUGAUGGAAGGAGGUUUUCACUCAAAAUCUCACGAUACAUGGCCCCAUUCAUUCUUUCCUUUACACGGAUCAGUCGUCCUGGUCCCUUUGCAGAAAAACAGCCCCAAAGCAUGAUGUUUCCACCCCCAUGCUUCACAGUAGGUAUGGUGUUCUUUGGAUGCAACUCAGCAUUCUUUGUCCUCCAAACACGACGAGUUGAGUUUUUACCAGAAAGUUCUAUUUUGGUUUCAUCUGACCAUAUGACAUUCUCCCAAUCCUCUUCUGGAUCAUCCAAAUGCACUCUAGCAAACUUCAGACGGGCCUGGACAUGUACUGGCUUAAGCAGGGGGACACGUCUUGCACUGCAGGAUUUGAGUCCCUGGCGGCGUAGUGUGUUACUGAUGGUAGGCUUUGUUACUUUGGUCCCAGCUCUCUGCAGGUCAUUCACUAGGUCCCCCCGUGUUGUUUCUGGGAUUUUUGCUCACCGUUCUUGUGAUCAUUUUGACCCCACGGGGUGAGAUCUUGCGUGGAGCCCCAGAUCGAGGGAGAUUAUCAGUGGUCUUGUAUGUCUUCCAUUUCCUAAUAAUUGCUCCCACAGUUGAUUUCUUCAAACCAAGCUGCUUACCUAUUGCAGAUUCAGUCUUCCCAGCCUGGUGCAGGUCUACAAUUUUGUUUCUGGUGUCCUUUGACAGCUCUUUGGUCUUGGCCAUAGUGGAGUUUGGAGUGUGACUGUUUGAGGUUGUGGACAGGUGUCUUUUAUACUGAUAACAAGUUCAAACAGGUGCCAUUAAUACAGGUAACGAGUGGAGGACAGAGGAGCCUCUUAAAGAAGAAGCUACAGGUCUGUGAGAGCCAGAAAUCUUGCUUGUUUGUAGGUGACCAAAUACUUAUUUUCCACCAUAAUUUGCAAAUAAAUUCAUUACAAAUCCUACAAUGUGAUUUUCUGGAAAAAAAAAUCUCAAUUUGUCUGUCAUAGUUGACGUGUACCUAUGAUGAAAAUUACAGGCCUCUCUCAUCUUUUUAAGUGGGAGAACUUGCACAAUUGGUGGCUGACUAAAUACUUUUUUCCCCCACUGUAUCUAUAGGAGUGCUGAUGUCAAUGGAGAAUCUCCAUCAAAAAUUGGGCUUUAUCUGUGUCUGGGGAAACUGCUUUUUAGGGUAUGGAAAGGACUGAAUAGUGCAGAAGCGUCAUUCGGUACUGAGCCAAUGGUGCCCUCCAGUGGUCUAUUUUAGGAAAUGUAACCGGUAACCACACCAGUCCUCUGAUUUGCUGGGGCUAAUAUCAGAAUAAUAAACUGAACAAAAAUAUAAACACAACAAUUUCAAAUAUUUUAUUGAGUUACAGUUCAUAUAAAGAAAUCAGUCAAUUGAAAUAAAUUAAUUAGGCCCUAAUCUAUGGAUUUCACAAGACUGGGAAUACAGAUAUGCAUCUGUUGGUCACAGAUAGGUAGGGGCGUGGAUCAGAAAACCAGUCAGUAUCUGGUGUGACCAGCAUUUGCCUCAUGCAGCGCGACACAUCUCCUUCAUAUAGAGUUGAUCAGGCUGUUGAUUGUGGCCUGUGGAAUGUUGUCACACUACUCUUCAAUGGCUGUGCGAAGUUGCUGGAUAUUGGCCGGAACUGGAACACGCUGUCGUACACGUCGAUCCAGAGCAUCCCUAACAUGCUCAAUGGGUGACAUGUCUGGUGAGUAUGCAGGCCAUGGAAGAACUGGGACAUUUUCAGCUUCCAGGAAUUGUGUACAGAUCCUUAUGACAUGGAGCCGUGCAUUAUCAUGCUGAAACAUGAGGUGAUGGCGGUGGAUGAAUGCCACGACAGUGGGCCUCAGGAUCUCGUCACGGUAUCUCUGUACAUUCAAAUUGCCAUCGAUACAAUGCAAUUGUUCGUUGUCCGUAGCUUAUGCCUGCCCAUUUCAUAACCCCACCGCCACCAUUGGGCACUCUAUUCACAACGUUGACAUCAGUAAACCGCUCGCCCACACGAUGCCAUACACGUGGUCUGACGUUUUGAGGCUGGUUGGACGUAUUGCCAAAUUCUCUAAAACAACGUUGGAGGCAGCUUAUGGUAGAGAAAUGUAACAUUAAAUUGUCUGGCAACAGCUCUGGUGGACAUUCCUGCAGUCAGCAUGCCAAUUGCACGCUCCCUCAACUUCUGACAUCUGUGGCAUUGUGUUGUGACACAACUGCACAUUUUAGAGUGGCCUUUUAUUGUCCCCAGCACAAGGUGCACCUGUGUAAUGAUCAUGCUGUUUAAUCAGCUUCUUGAUAUGCCACACCUGUCAGGUGGAUGGAUUAUCUUGGCAAAGGAUACAUGCUCACUAACAGGGAUGUAAACAAAUGUGUGCACACAAUUUGAGAGACAUACACAGUGCGUCUGGAACAUUUCUGGGAUCUUUUAUUUCCGUUCAUGAAACAUUGGACCAACACUUUACAUGUUGCGUUUUAUAUUUUUUUUCAGUGUACAUUUUAUUUUCCUUUCAAAAUGGCAUUUGUUGUCUUUGUUCCGUCAAGGUCCUGGAGAAGAACUCUGACCUAAAAAGUGAGAAGCCGUUUGAGGCGGUGAUCGGUAUACUGAAAGCCUGCAAAGACGGAGCAAUGGAGUGCAUUUUCAGGUACAGAUUCCUUUUCCUUUCUCCUACCUCUGCCUGGAGUAUAUUUCUGUCUGGAUAUAUUAUAUUAUAGUAUAGUGUGUGUGUGGGUGGUGUGGGUGGGUGGGUGGGUGGUGAGGGGAAAAAAGUAUUUGAUCCCCUGCUGAUUUUGUACGUUUGCCCACUGACAAAGAAAUUAUCAGUCUAUAAUUUUAAUGGUAGGUUUAUUUGAACAGUGAGAGACAGAAUAACAACAACAAAAUCCAGAAAACGCAUGUCAAAUGUUAUAAAUUGAUUUGCAUUUUAAUGAGGGAAAUAAGUAUUUGACCCCCUCUCAAUCACAACGAUUUCUGGCUCCCAGGUGUCUUUUAUACAGGUAACGAGCUGAGAUUAGGAGCACACAUUAGGAGUGCUCCUAAUCUCAGUUUGUUACCUGUAUAAUAGACACCUGUCCACAGAAGCAAUCAAUCAGAUUCCAAACUCUCCACCAUGGCCAAGACCAAAGAGCUCUCCAAGGAUGUCAGGGACAAGAUUGUAGACCUACACAAGGCUGGAAUGGGCUACAAGACCAUAGCUUGGUGAGAAGGUGACAACAGUUGGUGCGAUUAUCCCUCGGCCUGGAGCUCCAUGCAAGAUCUCACCUCGUGGAGUUGCAAUGAUCAUGAGAACGGUGAGGAAUCAGCCCAGAACUACAUGGGAGGAUCUUUUCAAUGAUCUCAAGGCAGCUGGGACCAUAGUCACCAAGAAAACAAUUGGUAACACACUACGCCGUGAAGGACUGAAAUCCUGCAGCGCCCGCAAGGUCCUCCUGCUCAAGAAAGCACAUAUACAGGCCUGUCUGAAGUUUGCCAAUGAACAUCUGAAUGAUUCAGAGGAGAACUGGGUGAAAGUGUUGUGGUCAGAUGAGACCAAAAUCGAGCUCUUUGGCAUCAACUCAACUCGCCGUGUUUGGAGGAGGAGGAAUGCUGCCUAUGACCCCAAGAACACUAUCCCCAACGUCAAACAUGGAGGUGGAAACAUUAUGCUUUGGGGGUGUUUUUCUGCUAAGGGGACAGGACAACUUCACCGCAUCAAAGGGACGAUGGACGGGGCCAUGUACCGUCAAAUCUUGGGUGAGAACCUCCUUCCCUCAGCCAGGGCAUUGAAAAUGGGUCGUGGAUGGGUAUUCCAGCAUGACAAUGACCCAAAACACACGGCCAAGGCAACAAAGGAGUGGCUCAAGAAGAAGCACAUUAAGGUCCUGGAGUGGCCUAGCCAGUCUCCAGACCUUAAUCCCAUAGGAAAUAUGUGGAGGGAGCUGAAGGUUUGAGUUGCCAAAUGUCAGCCUCGAAACCUUAAUGACUUGGAGAAGAUCUGCAAAGAGGAGUGGGACAAAAUCCCUCCUGAGAUGUGUGCAAACCUGGUGGCAAAUUAUUUUAAUUAAUUACUUAAAAAUCAUACAAUGUGAUUUUCUGGAUUUUUGUUUUAGAUUCCGUCUCUCACAGUUGAAGUGUACCUAUGAUAAAAAUUACAGACCUCUACAUGCUUUGUAAGUAGGAAAACCUGCAAAAUCGGCAGUGUAUCAAAUACUUGUUCUCCCCACUGUGUGUAUAUAUAUAUAUAUAUAUAUAUAUAUAUAUACAUACAGUUGAAGUCGGACGUUUACAUUUACUUAGGUUGGAGUCAUUAAAACUUGUUUUUCAACCACUCCACAAAUUUCUUGUUAACAUUUACGUCAUUUAGCAGACGCUCUUAUCCAGAGCGACUUACAUUAUUAUAAUUUUUUUCAUACCCCCUGUGGGAAUCGAACCUACAACCCUGGCGUUGCAAACGCCAUGCUCUAUCAACUGAGCUACAUCCCUGCCGGCCAUUCCCUGCCCUACCCUGGACGACGCUGGGCCAAUUGCGCGCCGCCCCAUGGGUCUCCCGGUCACGGCCGGCUACGACAGAGCCUGGAUUCGAACCAGGAUCUCUAGUGUGGCACAGUUAGCACUGCGAUGCAGUGCCUUAGACCACUGCGCCACUCAGGAGACAUUAUACAUUUAACAAACUAUAGUUAGGUUAGGACAUCUACUUUGUGCAUGACACAAGUAAUUUUUCCAACAAUUGUUUACAGAUGGAUUAUUUCAUUUUUAAUUGACUGUAUCACAAUUCUAGUGGUUCAGAAGUUUACAUACACUAAGUUGACUGUGCCUUUAAACAGCUUGGAAAAUUCCAGAAAAUGAUGUCAUGGCUUUAUUAGCUUCUGAUAAGCUAAUUGACAUCAUUUGAGUCAAAUUAAGGUGUACCUGUGGAUGUAUUUCAAGGCCUACCUUCAAACUCAGUGCCUCUUUGCUUGACAUCAUGGGAAAAUCAAAAGAAAUCAGCCAAGAUUUGUAGACCUCCACAAGUCUGGUUCAUCCUUGGGAGCAAUUUCCAAACGCCUGAAGGUACCACGUUCAUCUGUACAAACAAUAGUACGCAAGUAUAAACACCAUGGGACCACGCAGCCGUAAUACCGCUCAGAAAGGAGACUCGUUCUGUCUCCUAGAGAUGAAUGUACUUUGGUGCGAAAAGUGCAAAUCAAUCCCAGGACAACAGCAAAGGACCUUGUGAAGAUGCUGGAGGAAACAGGUACAAAGUAUCUAUAUCCACAAUAAAACGAGUCCUAUAUCGACAUAACCUGAAAGGCCGCUCAGCAAGGAAGAAACCACUGCUCCAAAACCGCCAUAAAAAAGCCAGACUACGGUUUGCAACUGCACAUGGGGACAAAGAUCGUACUUUUUGGAGAAAUGUCCUCUGGUCUGAUGAAACAAAAAUAGAACUGUUUGGCCAUAAUGACCAUCGUUAUGUUUGGAGGAAAAAGGGGAGGGCUUGCAAGCCGAAGAACACCUUCCCAAUCGUGAAGCACGGGGGUGGCAGCAUCAUGCUGUGGGGGUGCAUUGCUGCAGGUGGGACUGGUGCACUUCACAAAAUCGAUGGCAUCAUGAGGAAGGAAAAUUAUGUGGAUAUAUUGAAGCAACAUCUCAAGACAUCAGUCAGGAAGUUAAAGCUUGGUGGCAAAUGGGUCUUCCAAAUGGACAAUGACCCCAAGUAUACUUCCAAAGUUGUGGCUAAAUGGCUUAAGGACAACAAAGUCAAGGUAUUGGAGUGGCCAUCCCAAAACCCUGACCUCAAUCCUAUAGAAAAUUUGUGGGCAGAACUUAAAAAGCGUGUGCGAGCAAGGAGUCCUACAAACCUGACUCAGUUACACCAGCUCUGUCAGGAGGAAUGGGCCAAAAUUCACCCAACUUAUUGUGGAGGCUACCCGAAACGUUUGACCUAAGUUAAACAAUUUAAAGGCAAUGCUACCAAAUACUAAUUGAGUGUAUGUAAACUUCUGACCCACUGGGAAUGUGAUGAAAGAAAUAAAAGCUGAACUAAAUCAUACUCUCUACUAUUAUUCUGACAUUUCACAUUCUUAAAAUAAAGUGGUGAUCCUAACUGACCUAAGACAGGGAAUUUUUACUAGGAUUAAAUGUCAGGAAUUGUGAAAAACUGAGUUUAAAUGUAUUUGGCUAAGGUGGAUGUAAACUUCCGACUUCAACUGUGUAUGUAUGUAUGUAUGUAUGUAUGUAUGUAUGUAUGUAUGUAUGUAUGUAUGUAUGUAUGUAUGUAUGUAUGUAUGUAUGUAUGUAUGUAUAUACAUACAGCUCUGGAAAAAAUUAAGAGACCACUGCAAAAAUAUAAGUUUCUCUGGUUUUACUAUUUAUAGGUAUGUGUUUGGGUAAAAUUAAAUGUUUUGUUUUAUUCUAUAAACUACUGACAACAUUUCUCCCAAAUUCCAAAUAAAAAUAUUGUCAUUUAGAGCAUUUAUUUGCAGAAAAUGAAAACUGGUCAAAAUAACAAAAAGGAUGCAGUGUUGUUAGACCUCGAAUAAUGCAAAGAAAAUAAGUUCAUGUUCAUUUUGAGACAACACAAUACUAAUGUUUUAACUUAGGAAGAGUUCAGAAAUCAAUAUUUGGUGGAAUAACCCUGAUUUUCAAUCACAGCUUUCAUGCGUCUUGGCAUGCUCUCCACCAAUCUUUCACAUUGAUGUUGGGUGACUUUAUGCCAUUCCUGGCGCAAAAAUUCAAGCAGCUCGGCUUUGUUUGAUGGCUUGUGACCAUCCAUCUUCCUCUUGAUCACAUUCCAGAAGUUUUUAAAUGGGGUUCAGGUCUGGAGAUUGGGCUGGCCAUGACAGGAUCUGGUGGUCCUCCAUCCACACCUUGAUUGACCUGGCUGUGUGGCAUGGCGCAUUGUCCUGCUGGAAAAACCAAUCCUCAGAGUUGGGGAACAAUGUCAGAGCAAAAGGAAGCAAGUUUUCUUCCAGGACAACCUUGUACGUGGCUUGAUUCAUGCGUCCUUCACAAAGACAAAUCUGCCCGAUUCCAGCCUUGCUGAAGGACCCCCAGAUCAUCACGAUCCUCCACCAAAUUUCACAGUGGGUGCGAGACACUGUGGCUUGUAGGCUUCUCCAGGUCUCCGUCUAACCAUUAGACGACCAGGUGUUGGGCGAAGCUGAAAAUUGGACUCAUCAGAGUAGAUUACCUUACUCCAGUCCUUUACGGUCCAAUCCUUAUGGUCUUUUGCAAACCUCAGCCUGGCUCUUCUUUGCUUCUCGUUGAAGAAGGGCUUUUUUCUAGCUUUGCACAACUUCAGCCCUGCCCCUAGGAGCCUGUUUCCAGCCGUCCUCGCCGUGCACUUCAUCCAAGCUGCCGUUUGCCAUUCUUUUUGUAGGUCACUUGAUGUCAUCCUACGGUUGUUGAGUGACAUUCGAAUGAGUUGGCGGUCACCCUCUGCCGGUCUGUAGCUUUGUUGUCUCCAAUGUCUGCUGCUUGACCUUGUUCUUAUGAACCGCCGUCUUUGAAAUUUUAAGGAUGGAAGCAACCUGACGCUCACUGUAUCCCUCUGCCAGUAAAGCCAGAAUUGAACCCUUUUCCUCACUCAAAACUUUCCUUUUCAAUUAUUUUGGCAUGGUCAAUAGUUAUUUUUUGAUUUUAAUAUUACUUUUGAGGUGCUAUUAGCACUGUUUUUGCCAUCCAGCUGGUCCUAUUGCAAGAGGAUAGUGAUGACCACAGCAGUGGUUUUUAUACUUUUCCUUGUUAAAUAAGAUUUGGUUCAGGUGAUCACCUAAUUCAGUAGAAUGAGGUGUGCCUGUGUUGGAAUUCAACAGACACUGGAAUGGAAUGGCUGUCAUACAGCUGAUUUAAGAAAAAUGUGCAGUGGUCUCUUAAUUUUUUCCAGAGCUGUGUGUGUGUGUGUGUGUGUGUGUGUGUGUGUGUGUGUGUGUGUGUGUGUGUAUAUAUAUAUAUAUAUAUAUAUACAUACACACACACACACACACACACACACACACACACACACACACACACACACACACACACACACACACACACACACACACACACACACACACAGUGGGGAAAAAAUGUAUUUAGUCAGCCACCAAUUGUGCAAGUUCUCCCACUUAAAAAGAUGAGAGAGGCCUGUAAUUCUCAUCAUAGGUACACGUCAACUAUGACAGACAAAUUGAGGGAAAAAAAUCCAGAAAAUCACAUUGUAGGAUUUUUAAUGAAUUUAUUUGCAAAUUAUGGUAGAAAAUAAGUAUUUGGUCACCUACAAACAAGCAAGAUUUCUGGCUCUCACAGACCUGUAACUUCUUCUUUAAGAGGCUCCUCUGUCCUCCACUCGUUACCUGUAUUAAUGGCACCUGUUUGAACUUGUUAUCAGUAUAAAAGACACCUGUCCACAACCUCAAACAGUCACACUCCAAACUCCACUAUGGCCAAGACCAAAGAGCUGUCAAAGGACACCAGAAACAAAAUUGUAGACCUGCACCAGGCUGGGAAGACUGAAUCUGCAAUAGGUAAGCAGCUUGGUUUGAAGAAAUCAACUGUGGGAGCAAUUAUUAGGAAAUGGAAGACAUACAAGACCACUGAUAAUCUCCCUCGAUCUGGGGCUCCACGCAAGAUCUCACCCCGUGGGGUCAAAAUGAUCACAAGAACGGUGAGCAAAAAUCCCAGAACCACACAGGGGGACCUAGUGAAUGACCUGCAGAGAGCUGGGACCAAAGUAACAAAGCCUACCAUCAGUAACACACUACACCGCCAGGGACUCAAAUCCUGCAGUGCCAGACGUGUCCCCCUGCUUAAGCCAGUACAUGUCCAGGCCCGUCUGAAGUUUGCUAGAGUGCAUUUGGAUGAUCCAGAAGAGGAUUGGGAGAAUGUCAUAUGGUCAGAUGAAACCAAAAUAUAACUUUUUGGUAAAAACUCAACUCAAAGAAUGCUGAGUUGCAUCCAAAGAACACCAUACCUACUGUGAAGCAUGGGGGUGGAAACAUCAUGCUUUGAGGCUGUUUUUCUGCAAAGGGACCAGGACGACUGAUCCGUGUAAAGGAAAGAAUGAAUGGGGCCAUGUAUCGUGAGAUUUUGAGUGAAAACCUCCUUCCAUCAGCAAGGGCAUUGAAGAUGAAACGUGGCUGGGUCUUUCAGCAUGACAAUGAUCCCAAACACACCGCCCGGGCAACGAAGGAGUGGCUUCGUAAGAAGCAUUUCAAGGUCCUGGAGUGGCCAAAAUAGGAAUGGGCCAAAAUACCAGCAACAGUGUGUGAAAACCUUGUGAAGACUUACAGAAAACGUUUGACCUGUGUCAUUGCCAACAAAGGGUAUAUAACAAAGUAUUGAGAAACUUUUGUUAUUGACCAAAUACUUAUUUUCCACCAUAAUUUGCAAAUAAAUUCAUUAAAAAUCCUACAAUGUGAUUUUCUGGAUUUAUUUUUCUCAUUUUGUCUGUCAUAGUUGACGUGUACCUAUGAUGAAAAUUACAGGCCUCUCAUCUUUUUAAGUGGGAGAACUUGCACAAUUGGUGGCUGACUAAAUACUUUUUUCCCCCCACUGUAUAUAUAUAUAUAUAUAUACACAGUGAGGGGAAAAAAGUAUUUGAUCCCCUGCUGAUUUUGUACGUUUGCCCACUGACAAAGAAAUUAUCAGUCUAUCAUUUUAAUGGUAGGUUUAUUUGAACAGUGAGAGACAGAAUGACAACAUCAAAAUCCAGAAAAACGCAUGUCAAAAAUUUUAUGAAUUGAUUUGCAUUUUAAUGAGGGAAAUAAAUAUUUGACCCCUCUGCAAAACAUUACUUAGUACUUGAUGGCAAAACCCUUGUUGGCAAUCACAGAGGUCAGACGUUUGUUGUAGUUAGCCACCAGGUUUGCACACAUCUCAGGAGGGAUUUUGUCCCACUCCUCUUUGCAGAUCUUCUCCAAGUCAUUAAGGUUUCGAGACUGACGUUUGGUACUCGAACCUUCAGCUCCCUCCACAGAUUUUCUAUGGGAUUAAGGUCUGGAGACUGGCUAGGCCACCUUAAUGUGCUUCUUCUUGAGCCACUCCUUUGUUGCCUUGGCCGUGUGUUUUGGGUCAUUGUCAUGCUGGAAUACCCAUCCACGACCCAUUUUCAAUGCCCUGGCUGAUGAAGGAGGUUCUCACCCAAGAUUUGACGGUACAUGGCGCCGUCCAUCGUCCCCUUGAUGCGGUGAAGUUGUCCUGUCCCCUUAGCAGAAAAACACCCCCUUAGCAUAAUGUUUCCACCUCCCAUGUUUGACGGUGGGGAUGGUGUUCUUGGGGUCAUAGGCAGCAUUCCUCCUCCAAACACGGCGAGUUGAGUUGAUGCCAAAGAGCUCCAUUUUGGUCUAAUCUGACCACAACACUUUCACCCAGUUCUCCUCUGAAUCAUUCAGAUGUUCAUUGGCAAACUUCAGACGGGCAUGUAUAUGUGCUUAUUUGAGCAGGGGGACCUUGCGGGCGCUGCAGGAUUUCAGUCCUUCACGCCGUAGUGUGUUACCAAUUAUUGGUGACUAUGGUCACAGCUGCCUUGAGAUCAUUGACAAGAUCCUCCCGUGUAGUUCUGGGCUGAUUCCUCACCGUUCUCAUGAUCAUUGCAACUCCACGAGGUGAGAUCUUGCAUGGAGCCCCAGGCCGAGGGAGAUUGACAGUUCUUUUGUGUUUCUUCCAUUUGCGAAUAAUCGCAACGGUCUUGUAGCCCAUUCCAGCCUUGUGUAGGUCUACAAUCUUGUCCCUGACAUCCUUGGAGAGCUCUUUGGUAUUGGCCAUGGUGGAGAGUUUGGAAUGUGAUUGAUUGAUUGCUUCUGUGGACAGGUGUCUUUUAUACAGGUAACAAGCUGAGAUUAGGAGCACUCCCUUUAAGAGUGUGCUCCUAAUCUCAGCUCAUUACCUGUAUAAAAGACACCUGGGAGCCAGAAAUCAUUCUGAUUGAGAGGGGGUCAAAUACUUAUUUCCCUCAUUAAAAUGAAAAUCAAUUUAUAAUAUUUUUGACAUGCUUUUUUCUAGAUUUUUUUGUUGUUGUUCUGUCUCUCACUGUUCAAAUAAACCUACCAUAAAAAUUAUAGACUGAUCAUUUCUUUGUCAGUGGGCAAACGUACAAAAUCAGCAGGGGAUCAAAUACUUUUUUCCCUCACUGUAUAUGAAACUCAUUACCCUUCAUGCUGUAUGCUUAACUUGCAUACUGCUAUCCUGUCCGUGUCCAGGUUUGGCCUCCAGCCGUGCCCUGUGUGUAUGGGCGACCCCCACGACCCCCUGAGCUUGCCGUGUGACCACAUCUACUGCCUGGCCUGUAUCAGACAGUGGCUGGUCCCAGGUCAGAUGUACUGUCCUCUCUGCAUGCAGGCGGUGCCAGACGACUUUGCCCUCAGGCCCUCUGAAGACAUACGGUGAGGGCGGACCCUCGUUGAUUAGUACAUGACUAAGGUUGUUAGACAUACUGAUGGGUCUGUUUGUUAUCUGGAGAUGAUAACCUUAUGGAAGUAACUCUGACUUUAUUGUGAUUGAAUCCUAUUUUAAUGUUUAUUGUUGAUUUUAAGUUUCAAUUCAUUCAUUCAUUUCACUGCAAUUCAUUAAUUACGCAAUACUGUUCUUGUGUAUGCUUUUUAGGCUCACCAGUUAACUGCUUUCAUACUGUACCGGAAUUUCAUUAGUGACAUACAGUAUGUGUGGUUUCAUUGCAUUGUUAGUCACGGUUGUGUCAAUCAUGUUAUUGUACAGGGUUCUCAUCAACCAGAACGCCCGCUUCAGGAAGCAGUGCAACGCCUUCUUCAUAGACCUGGUCUCAACCGUGUGCUUCAAGGACAACUCUCCCCCCUGCAGGGCCAUCAUCCUCCACCUGCUGUCCUUCCUCAUGGUCCACUCUGUGCCCAUCAUCAGAGGUGGUGAGUGGGAGUGGGUGGCGAUGGGGGUGUGGGCUGUGUGUGUGCCGCUGUGUGUUUGUAUUUCUUGUGGUGUGUGUGUGGUUGUCCUCACAAUCCUUUUCCUCUUUGCCAGGUCAUCGUCAGAUUCUGACCAAGGCCCUCUCUCCCUUUGAUGACUCUGUUGACAAAAACCCAGUUGUUCGGUCGGUUGUACUCAAACUCCUGCUCAAAUACAGGUGAUUAUGUGACUAGUACUGCUAGACUACUCUUUAAUUCACGAUUUUAAGUAGAUUACGAUUUUUCAAAUGCCCCUCACUGUUUUAUUAAAUUCAUGUUUGUUUUGAAGCUUUGAUGACGUCAAAGGGUACCUGCAGCAGCAUCUGACGGCAGUUGAACAGAGCAACAUCUUGGAGGAAUCAGACAAGACCGAACUGUAUUCUCUGUAUAUCAACUGUCUGGAGGUAGGUGUACAGAUGGCCCAUUGAAUCAACUGUCUCGAGGUAGGUGUACAUAUGGGUCAUUGAAUCAACUGUCUCGAGGUAGGUGUACAUAUGGUCCAUUGAAUCAACAGUAGCAUUUAUGUGGUUGGUGUAUGUAAAGAGUUAUGCAGCAGUAAUUGUUGGUUUGAAGAGAUAUCGGCUAAGUACAUUGACUUGACUGUUUGGAUUUAAUGCAAAAUCCUAGCCUUAAAAUUAAAACAUAGUAGCUUGCUUUAAACUCAUUCUUUACUGCUGUGGAUUUAGUGACGUCAAUGGCUACAUAUGCUAUUUUCAGUGACGCGUGCUAUUUCAGUGAAUAGUGCCAUUUCAGUGAAUAGUGCCAUUUCAGUGAAUAACGCUGUUUCAAGGAGCUACAUGUAGAGUUUUUGCAUUGUAAUUUCAGAAAAUACAAAAUCGCAUUCUAAAAUGCAGACUUUCUAUUUGACAAAACAAGCCAGAUGGGAAAACUGCAUCCUCUUACACUGACGUCACUAAAAGGCGUGGUCAUCUCUUUCUCGAGCACAGCAAACAAUGGCAGACUGGGGCAAGAGGCUGAUGUAGAAAUCGCUCUGUCAUUUCCUGGUUGCUAAAAUUCCACACUCAAUUUCAGUUUAUGUGAGAAAACAAGCACUGAAUAGUGUAGGGAAUCAUUGUACCAUCUAAAUCACCGUGAAAUAUGUUUUAAAUUACAAAAAAUAUUGUUUUUACGGCUGUUUUGAUGUUGAUGGACGAAACUAAAAGUAAAAUAGUCUUUGCUAUCCAGCAUCCUUGGGACGUCAGAUAGCACUAACCUCUUCACCGUGUUGCGGGGAAAUUGGAUGUGGGGGAGGAGGGAGAGUUGUUUAUAUUGAGGCUAAGUGUUCACCUAGCUUCUACAUGUGACACAUUCUACAUGUGGCAUUUUUUAGUGACAUCAUCAUCACACCCUCUUCUCCAUCCCAGGACUCCAUGUUUGAGCGGAUGCAGUGUCACACGGCGGCGGAGCAGCAGGCCUGCCUGCAGGACGAGAGUGUCUUCCUGGGGGACUUCCUGCAGUUGGACGCUGGCCACGCAGCCACCGUAGAGUACCUGCAGCAGGUGGCAAGGGUGCGCAUGGGGCUGGACAGGGCUGCAGACCUGCUGGUCCACAUGCUGUCUGCUGCUGCUGCCACAGGUAUGUACAUCAUCCUCGAUCCUUUUCAGUAGGGUACAACCUAGCAAAAAAACAAAAAAAAAGGUUUCUUAUUGGAACAUUUCAAGUAGUCUCCCAGUAUCACUCACGUUUUUUCUUCCAUUUUGUUCCUGUUGAACACGACCCUUAUGUUUCAAAAUGAUACUUGCUGAUGUAGGCCAACUGUCGUACAAUUUAUAUAAUUGAUUUGAUAGACUAUUCAAUUAUUUUAAUGUAUUUAUUUAAUACUGUAGGGUGGCAGGUAGCCUAGCGGUUAAAUUGUUGGGUAACCGAAAGGUCGCUGGUUUGAAUACCCGAGCCGACAAGGUGGAAAAUCUGUCUGUGCUCUUGAGCAAGGUACUUAACCCUAAUUUGCUACAAGGAUGCCGUACUGCUAUGGAUGACCCUGUAAAACAACACAUUUAACUUCACCUACCUGGUGUAUGUGACAAUAAACCAUAUACUGUAUAUAUUUUGUAUUUUUUCUAUACGUUUGCCUAAUUAUCCUCGUCCCCCUCUCGAUCAAUCGUAUGUGUUCAUGUGACGCUUCCCUCUCCCAUUAUGGUCCAAUAGGAUCACAGGAGGAGUCUCCUAACGGCGUUGCAGCCUUCCUGACCAGCGUGGUGGACCUGUGUAGACGCAGCGGAAAUGACUGGUAUCGGGUUUACCUCAUCCGUAAGAUCUGCAGCCAGCGCGGUGUGGAGUUUGUUCAGAAACUCCUGAAGGUGGCUGACGUCCGGUGGUUGUUCCCUGCUGAAGUUCUGCAGCAUGUAAUGGUGGCCAUUUGUCUUUCUUUAUAGGAGAGUAAUGUAGGGUGCAAUAAUAUGUCAAUACCAAGCUAGAAGUGGUACAGGGAUAGUCAACCUUUUAGUUUAGGGUGUUCUUAUUUAUUCCAAAAUGUUUUAAAGUUUGUUAGAUGUGUAUUUAAUAUCUAGAAUUUCAUGGCUAGCAUCUUUGGAGUAUGUAGCAAAAACAUUUUUUACUAAGUAGUCCUGUAUUCAUGUGAUGAUAUAAAAUAUAUUUCAUACCCUUUUAACCACUCUUGCGCUCUUCUAAUGUCCUUCAGAAUGAAGAUGGCAGCCAGAUAGACCAAUAUCUUGUGUGUGGAGAGGAUUACAAGACGAUCCGAGAUGCUGUUGCCAAGGCAAUGAUGGAAGGCAAAAUCGAGGGAUUGGACAAGGCUUGUGAGGUAUUGGUGUAUUUCUACUUUACUCCAUAAUUGAAACACCUGCAGAGCAUUUUGCAUAAGCUUGUGAUUUGAUUUUGCUUGUUAAUUUUUGUUCUUUCUAUCAGAUAUUAUGUUUAAACUGUUAAAGGCCCAGUGCUGUCAAAAAUGUGAUUUUCCUGUGUUUUUAUGUAUAUUUCCACACUGAGGUUGGAAAAAUAUUGUGAAAAUGAUGAUAAUGCCCUGUUAGUGUGAGAGCUGUUUGAAAAGACUGCCCAAAAUUUCAGCCUGUUUUGGUGGGAUCAAGUUUUGGACUUCCAUGGUGACAUCACCAUGCAGUAAAUGAGUUAAUAGACCAAUAAGAAAAAGUUCCAAACCUCUGCCAAUAACAGCAAGUUUUCAGUUUUCCCCUCCCCACUCCCAGACAGUCCUAGCAAAAUUCUUGCUUGAGAAAUUGCUCUUUGUUAAGAAGCUAUUGUUGUUUCUUUUUGACCAUUUUAAUUGAAAACAAUCACAGUAAGGUACUUAAUUGCUACCAAGAAAUGAUUAGAUAUUGAGAGAAAAACAGCUGCAUUGGAUGUGUGUGUGUGUGUGCAGGGCUGUAAAUGUCCGCCACAGAAGAAGGCGGUCUACCUGCUCCUGGCCCUGUUCAGAGAAGUCACCUCUCUCUACAGAUCAGCCAAUGACAGCUUCCAUCCUAAACCUGUGGUAAGAGUCCUUAUACGAAAACAAAAUACUGUGACGUAGUCCCAAUUAUCUCUCCUUCCUCCCAAAGUGUAAAUGAUCUCUCCUUCCUUCCCUUCACUGAUUUGAAAAGAAAUGACUGAUAUAAGACAUAUGGUGGAAUAUCCUACUAGCCCAUGCCUCCACCAAUCAAAUGCUUUUAGAUUUGCAGGAAGUAUUGAACGAGUGCACACUUCAAGAGAAAGGAAUAUUAUUGUCUGUCACCUCAGCUUCCAUACUUCACCUGUCUCAACACAGUGUCUUUACACCUAAAGAUAACACUGUGUAUCAACUGUCUCCUCACUUCCCAUAUAAGACUUGUUUCUCUACAUCUCUCUGUUUAACCAAAUAUAUUUUACUCCCCCAGCAAUGCCAGGGCCUGUUGGCAUUCAUCCAGGCCUCCAGGGUGCUGGUCAGCCCAGAGGUGAGGGCCUUCGCCCAGGCCCUGGUGGCCAACCGGCUGGGGCCCCUGGAGGUCCGUCCCGGGGCCUCUGGGGCCCAGUGUGUGGUGGUGGAGCUGAGCGUCCACCUGGCUGCAGUGCUGCUCUGUGGGAACCAGGGUCUACUGACGCCCCUCCAGCAGCUGGCCCUGCUGCCUGCCAACAUGCAGGUGGGAACACUGUGACUGCGUGCCAAAUGGCACACUGUUCCCUAUGUAGUGCACUACUUUAGUUUUGACCAUGGCCCAUAGGGUUAGGACUAGUUAAGAACUCCCCUCAUCUGGUUGCCUAGGUAUUCAUUUGACACGAAUAGAAAGGAAAUAACAAAAACCAGCAUACACACGGUCCUCCAGGAAUUUAGUUUGACACCCCUGGUCUGGAAGGAAUCCAGGCUAAACCCCUUUCACACUACAGAGCCGAGCCAAGCUGUACUGGGCUGGCCUGAUAUUCAUUCAAAAUUUGAUAGAAUCGUGUUGAAAAGGUAACCUGUGAAAAUAAAUAUCAAUGCCAUCACAGCAUGGUUUGGCUUUGCCCUAUAGUCUGAAAAGGGUUGGUUGAUUAAUUAUUUAAAUUCUCCAGGGUGGUCCAUUCUGUUUGUCAUGUAUAGGCCAGCUAACGUUGCUGUUUGUUCCUGUGUGUCUAUAGAGAGCCUUCCUCCCCACCAUGCCAGAGGACAUGCUAGCAGUGGCUCACAAAGCUAUGGGGCAGCUGCAGUGGUACUGUAAGUAUAGUAACAGACAGAUUUAGCAGAUUUAAUUGUCUAAAAUGUGAAGUCGUCAAGCUUUUCUUCUGCUCUUACACAGUUUGUCCCAACAAUCACCCGUGCACCAUCGGUGAGGUACAUAACAUUUUAGUUUUUAGUUCAUUCUGAAUGAUCUUAUCUUUGGCCCUAACUUUCAGUUUAAGUACGGUUUCUCAGAAUCUCUCUCUCUCCUACCCCUCUGUCUGACCCCUCUUACCACAGUGUGGCCAGCCCAUGGAGAGGAGUCGAUGCCUGGAUUGUGGCCUUGAGAUCGGAGGGGACAACCACAAAGCUGUCCCUGGCUUCCAAGCCUUUCAGAUCCAGUGAGUGGGACUUUUAUGGAAUUUAUAAAAGACAGUUGAUAAUGGCUUGAGCAGGUGCUGCACUGUGCAGACUUGGGUUCAAACAGUAUUUUAUUUUAUUUCAAAUUGUUUAGCUGUGCUUGAUUGAGCUGACCUGGCACAAUGGAACCAAUGGAAUAGCCCCCAAAAGUACAAACCCCACCCAUCUGGCCAUCCAAUCCAAGCAGGCUCAUACUAUUUGAACCCAGGUCUGGUAUCGUGACAGUACUGGAAAAUGUUUUUCCCCCUCUUCACAGGGGUGACCGCACCCAGACUGGCCACAUCCUGGGAGAUCCCAGACGGAGAGACAACCUGGACAUGCAGGACACCAAGAACAUGUCCCCAGUGCCCUUUAACCUUCUGCGCCUGAUCACACACAUGGCCAUGCUGCUAGGGGCCAGCAGUCACCCCCAGGUAGGUACACUAGAACAGAUUUUCAAAACUCUCAUCGGGGACACAAAGCCGUUCCAUUGGUAACUAUUCCAGAGCUAACACACCUAAUUCAACUUAUCAACUAAUCAUCAAGCAUUUGAUAAGGUGAAUUAGUGUUAGUUCAACUAAAUUGUGAAAUGUCUGGGGAGGUUUUAAAACCACUGUACUAGAGGUAACUGUUGUAGAUGGAUGGAUGUGGUUAUUGGUUUGGCUGUUGUCCAGUGCUGACAGUUACAGUGAGGGAAAAAAGUAUUUGAUCCGCUGCUGAUUUUGUACGUUUGCCCACUGACAAAGACAUGAUCAGUCUAUAAUUUUAAUGGUAGGUUAAUUUGAACAGUGAGAGAUAGAAUAACAACAAAAAAAUCCAGAAAAACGCAUGUCAAAAUUUUUUAUAAAUUGAUUUGCAUUUUAAUGAGGGAAAUAAGUAUUUGACCCCCUCUCAAUCAGAAAGAUUUCUGGCUCCCAGGUGUCUUUUAUACAGCUAACGAGUUGAGAUUAGGAGCACACUCUUAAAGGGAGUGCUCCUAAUCUCAGUUUGUUACCUGUAUAAAAGACACCUGUCCACAGAAGCAAUCAAUUAAUCAGAUUCAAAACUCUCCACCAUGGCCAAGACCAAAGAGCUCUCCAAGGAUGUCAGGGGACAAUAUUGUAGACCUACACAAGGCUGGAAUGGGCUACAAGACCAUCGCCAAGCAGCUUGGUGAGAAGGUGACAACAGUUGUUGCGAUUAUUCGCAAAUGAAAGAAACACAAAAGACCUGUCAAUCUCCCUCGGCCUGGGGCUCCAUGCAAGAUCUCACCUCGUGGAGUUGCAAUGAUCAUGAGAACGGUGAGGAAUCAUCCAGAACUACACGGGAGGAUCUUGUCAAUGAUCUCAAGGCAGCUGGGACCAUAGUCACCAAGAAAACAAUUGGUAACACACUACGCCGUGAAGGACUGAAAUCCUGCUGUGCCCGCAAGGUCCCCCUGCUCAAGAAAGCACAUAUACAGGCCCGUCUGAAGUUUGCCAAUGAACAUCUGAAUGAUUCAGAGGAGAACUGGGUGAAAGUGUUGUGGUCAGAUGAGACCAAAAUCGAGCUCUUUGGCAUCAACUCAACUCGCCGUGUUUGGAGGAGGAGGAAUGCUGCCUAUGACCCCAAGAACACCAUCCCCACCGUCAAACAUGGAGGUGAAAACAUUAUGCUUUGGGGGUGUUUUUCUGCUAAGGGGACAGGACAACGUCACCACAUCAAAGGGACGAUGGACGGCGCCAUGUACCGUCAAAUCUUGAGUGAGAACCUCCUUCCCUCAGCCAGGGCAUUGAAAAUGGGUCGUGGAUGGGUAUUCCAGCAUGACAAUGACCCAAAACACACGGCCAAGGCAACAAAGGAGUGGCUCAAGAAGAAGCACAUUAAGGUCCUGGAGUGGCCUAGCCAGUCUCCAGACCUUAAUCCCAUAGAAAAUCUGUGGAGGGAGCUGAAGGUUUGAGUUGCCAAACGUCAGGCUCGAAACCUUAAUGACUUGGAGAAGAUCUGCAAAGAGGAGUGGGACAAAAUUCCUCCUGAGAUGUGUGCAAACCUGGUGGCCAACUACAAGAAACGUCUGACCUCUCUGAUUGCCAACAAGGGUUUUGCCACCAAGUACUAAGUCAUGUUUUGCAGAGGGGUCAAAUAAUUAUUUCCCUCAUUAAAAUGCAAAUCAAUUUAUAACAUUUUUGACAUGCGUUUUUCAGGAUUUUUUUGUUGUUAUUCUGUCUCUCACUGUUCAAAUAAACCUACCAUUAAAAUUAUAGACUGAUCAUGUCUUUGUCAGUGGGCAAACAUACAAAAUCAGCAGGGGAUCAAAUACUUUUUUCCCUCACUGUACAUCUCUUGAAGGACACUUGCCUCAACGGAGUCUCUUCAUCUCUCUCUCUCUGGCUCUCUCUCUCUCUGGCUCUCUCUCUCUCUCUGGCUCUCUCUCUCUCUCUCUCUCUCUGGCUCUCUCUACCCUCUCCUCUCUCUCUCUCUCUCUCUCUCUCUCUCUCUCUCUCUCUACCCUCCCCCCUCUCUCUCUCUGUCUCUCUCCGGCUCUCUCUACCCUCCCCCCUCUCUCUCUGUCUCUCUCCGGCUCUCUCUACCCUCCCCCCUCUUUCUCUCUGUAGGUCAUCGGUGCCAUCAUCAAGCCUCCAGUGCCCGACCCCGGUACAUUCCUGUGGGACCACCUGUUGAAGGACAUGGAGCAGGUGACCAGGUCUCUGGGGAAGGGGUCAGACGACACGGUCAACACCGUCCACCUGGUCAUCAGCAGCCUUCUGGAGCCCCACCAGCCUGGCCAGUGUAAGGGACCAGAAACACCUUGAUGUCCUCAAUAGGUUUACAAUCACUAAAAACAAGUAAAAGGUCUUAGAAUGUGCUUUAAGGUGAAGGUAGUUUAAAGUGAAAGAAUGUAUAAAAAUGUACUAUUAUUAUUUUUGAAUCAUUGUCUGUAAUUGAUGUCAGAUGCUGAAAGUUUCCCUCACUCUACUCUGCUUCUCUCUCCAGGGCCUGUUCCCUAUGACAACCUGCUCUCCACCAAGGAGGCUCGAAACGGCUGGGAGACCACCGUCAGCAAUGACAUCAUCACCCCUCAGCUGAAGGUACCAACUAUUGACAUCACAAAGUCCCCAUUUUACUCAGUUUGCCAUCUCUAGAUGAAGGAAUUUCUUUAGCAUCUUCAACGACAUUUGUUUUCUUUCAUUGGUCCAUCUAUAACCGUCGUUCAUUAGAGCACGCAACGGAACACUUUUAAAACUGUUUGCAUUUCUUAUUGGACAAGUCUAGGUAGUCCCUCUCUGUUUGAAUCUGUUGUAUUCUGUUUAGUGUCUAAUGAACACUGCCCUGAAUAACAGAGAACCCUUGAUAUCUAAAUGAGACCCUCUCUUCCCCCUCUCUCUCUCUUUCUCUCCCCUCCCGUCCCAUCCCAUCUCCAGCACCUGGACAGGCGGCUGAAGGAGGUGAACGCCUUCGUCCGGGCCGACUCGCGGGUCUCCUCCAACCCCGUGAUGAGGCUGGUGUUCGGGGACCCGCGCCUCUUCCUGACCUCUCUGCCCCGGGGGUCUCUGAUCCACAGCUCAGCCGUGUGGAGCUGCAGGGAGCGGGUGUCUUUGCUCAGCCUCACCCACAUUGUGGAGCAGCACGACGGCAAGGACACCCUGCCCAUGCUCUGGCGGUUCCUACAGAGGGUAAGAGCUGAGGCACCGCUGAACGGAAACCUGGGUCUUAUUGGAUAGGUUCAUGUAUUCCCUCCUUGUUUCGGUAAUCAUGGUUGCCUCCACAUUAAUGUAGAAAUGUUUAGAAGCAUAUAAUAUUCUUAUUUACAAUAAAAGUGACUCCAAAAUGACACUACAUUAUUUACCAUUCAUUUUUAUUAGCACAAAAUAAUCUGAAACAACCAAAACAUUCAGUAUAAUGUACAGUGCAUUCGGAAAGUAUUCAGACCCCUUGACUUUUUCCACAUUUUGUUACGUUACAGCCUUAUUCUAAAAUGGAUGACAAAAAAAAUCCCUCAUCAAUCUACACACAAUAACCCAUAAUGACAAAGCGAAAACGUUUAAAAAAUAUAUAUUUUUUGCAACAAAAAAAAAGUGCACACUUCAAGAGAAAGGAAUAUUAUUGUCUGUCACCUCAGCUUCCAUACUUCACCUGUCUCAACACAGUGUCUUUACACCUAAAGAUAACACAAAUGGAAAUAUCACAUUUACAUACGUAUUCCGACCCUUUACUCAGUACUUUGUUGAAGCACCUUUGGCAGCGAUUACAGCCUCAAGUCUUCUUGGUUAUGACGCUACAAGUUUAGCACACCUGUAUUUGGGGAGUGUCUCCCAUUCUUCUCUGCAGAUCCUCUCAAGCUCUGUCAGGUUGGAUGGGGAGCAUCCCUGCACAGCUUUUUUCAGGUCUCUCCAGAGAUGUCUGAUUGGGUUCAAGUCCGGGCUUUGGCUGGACCACUCAAGGACAUUGAGACUUGUCCAGAACCCACUCCUGCUUUGUCUUGGCAGUGUGCUUAAGGUCGUUGUCCUGUUGGAAGGUGAACCUUCGCCCCAGUCUGAGGUCCUGAGCGCUCUGGAGCAGGUUUUCAUCAAGGAUCUCUCUGUACUUUGCUCCGUUCAUCUUUCCCUGCCGCUGAAAAAUAUCUCCACAGAUGCUGCCACCACCAUGCUUCACCCUAGGGAUGGUGCUAGGUUUCCUCUAGACUUGACGCUUGGCAUUCAGGCCAAAUAGUUAAAUCUUGGUUUCAUCAGACCAAAACAUCUUGUUUCUCAUGGUCUGAGAGGCCUUUUGGCAAAUUCCAAGCGGGCUGUCAUGUGCCUUAUACUGAGGAGUGGCUUCAGUCUGGCCACUUUACCAAUAAGGCCUGAUUGGUGGAGUGCUGCCGAGAUGGUUGUCCUUCUGGAAGGUUCUCCCAUCUCCACAGAGGAACUCUGGAGCUCAUUCAGAGUGACCAUUGGGUUCUUGGUCACCUCCCUGACCAAGGCCCUUCUCCCCCGAUUGAUCGGUUUGGCCGGGCGGCCAGCUCUAGGAAGAGUCUUGGUGGUUCCAAACUUCUUCCAUUUAAGAAUGAUGGAGGCCACUGUGUUCUCGGGGACCUUCAAUGCUGCAGAAAUGUGUUGGUACCCUUCCCCAGAUCUGUGCUUCGACACAAUCCUGUUUCGGAGUUCUAUGGACAAUUCCUUCGACCUCAUGGCUUGGUUUUUGCUCUGACAUGCACUGUCAACUGUGGGACCUUUUAUAUACAGUGGGGGAAAAAAGUAUUUAGUCAGCCACCAAUUGUGCAAGUUCUCCCACUUAAAAAGAUGAGAGAGGCCUGUAAUUUUCAUCAUAGGUACACGUCAACUAUGACAGACAAAAUGAGGGAAAAAAAUCCAGAAAAUCACAUUGUAGGAUUUUUUAAUGCAUUUAUUUGCAAAUUAUGGUGGAAAAUAAGUAUUUGGUCAAUAAAAAAAGUUUCUCAAUACUUUGUUAUAUACCCUUUGUUGGCAAUGACACAGGUCAAACGUUUUCUGUAAGUCUUCACAAGGUUUUCACACACUGUUGCUGGUAUUUUGGCCCAUUCCUCCAUGCAGAUCUCCUCUAGAGCAGUGAUGUUUUGGGGCUGUCGCUGGGCAACACGGACUUUCAACUCCCUCCAAAGAUUUUCUAUGGGGUUGAGAUCUGGAGACUGGCUAGGCCACUCCAGGACCUUGAAAUGCUUCUUACGAAGCCACUCCUUCGUUGCCCGGGCGGUGUGUUUGGGAUCAUUGUCAUGCUGAAAGACCCAGCCACGUUUCAUCUUCAAUGCCCUUGCUGAUGGAAGGAGGUUUUCACUCAAAAUCUCACGAUACAUGGCCCCAUUCAUUCUUUCCUUUACACGGAUCAGUCGUCCUGGUCCCUUUGCAGAAAAACAGCCCCAAAGCAUGAUGUUUCCACCCCCAUGCUUCACAGUAGGUAUGGUGUUCUUUGGAUGCAACUCAGCAUUCUUUGUCCUCCAAACACGACGAGUGGAGUUUUUACCAAAAAGUUCUAUUUUGGUUUCAUCUGACCAUAUGACAUUCUCCCAAUCCUCUUCUGGAUCAUCCAAAUGCACUCUAGCAAACUUCAGACGGGCCUGGACAUGUACUGGCUUAAGCAGGGGGACACGUCUGGCACUGCAGGAUUUGAGUCCCUGGCGGCGUAGUGUGUUACUGAUGGUAGGCUUUGUUACUUUGGUCCCAGCUCUCUGCAGGUCAUUCACUAGGUCCCCCCCGUGUGGUUCUGGGAUUUUUGCUCACCGUUCUUGUGAUCAUUUUGACCCCAUGGGGUGAGAUCUUGCGUGGAGCCCCAGAUCAAGGGAGAUUAUCAGUGGUCUUGUAUGUCUUCCAUUUCCUAAUAUUUGCUCCCACAGUUGAUUUCUUCAAACUAAGCUGCUUACCUAUUGCAGAUUCAGUCUUCCCAGCCUGGUGCAGGUCUACAAUUUUGUUUCUGGUGUCCUUUGACAGCUCUUUGGUCAUGGCCAUAGUGGAGUUUGGAGUGUGACUGUUUGAGGUUGUGGACAGGUGUCUUUUAUACUGAUAACAAGUUCAAACAGGUGCCAUUAAUACAGGUAACAAGUGGAGGACAGAGGAGCCUCUUAAAGAAGUUGUUACAGGUCUGUGAGAGCCAGAACUCUUGCUUGUUUGUAGGUGACCAAAUACUUAUUUUCCACCAUAAUUUGCAAAUAAAUUCCUAAUAAAUAAAAAUCCUACAAUGUGAUUUUCUGGAGAAAAAAAAUCUCAAUUUGUCUGUCAUAGUUGACGUGUACCUAUGAUGAAAAUUACAGGCCUCUCAUCUUUUUAAAUGGGAGAACUUGCACAAUUGGUGGCUGACUAAAUACUUUUUUCCCCCACUGUAGACAGGUGUGUGCCUUUCCAAAUCAUGUAAAAUCAGUUGAAUUUAUUUUUAAUACAUUUGCAAACAUUUCUAAAAAUCUGUUUUCGCUUUGUCAUUAUGGGGUAUUGUGUGUAGAUUGAUGACAAAAAUGUUUUAGUUAAUCCAUUUUAGAAUAAGGCUGUAAUGUAAAAAAAAUGUGGAAAAAGGGACGUGGUCUGAAUACUUUCCGAAUGCACUGUAUGUAUUCAGUGGCUAAACACUCCAAGACCAUAAACGUGUUUACAGUCUCAUUUACAGUCAUAAUGUUGGUCAGACCUUCAUUCAAUGCAGUGUGAUUGGCAGUUUGUUUUACCAUACCCUGUGAUUGGUUGCCGUAAUAUACGACCGUAACAUCACCCGCCUGUGAUUGGUCUUGUGACAGGAGGCAGAGCUGCGGUUGGUGAAGUUCCUUCCUGACAUCCUGGCACUGCAGAGAGAUCUGGUGAAGAGGUUCCAGAACGUGACCGACCUCAACUGCGGAACCAUCGCGGAGUUCCUUCACAGCCAGAAAGCAGGUACUAGUUUAAACUAUACUUCUGGGUUAGUCACAGUACUGUAUGUCCAACUGAAAACCAUCAGUGGUAUUGUUUGUAUUAUUGGCAUCAUACAGCGAGCAGAUAUAUCAUUUAUUUCACUAUUGAGGCCAGCCGAGCUUAGCUGUAGUUUAGUGUAGUGUGUAGUAGCCAGUUAUGCCUCCACCAUAGAGGCUGGAAAAUAAAAUCUAAGAGUCAGCUCUACAGUUCAGGCCAGAACGCUAGUAUCAAAAGAGUAUUCAAGUUUGUUAACAAUAUAGGCUUAUAGAUUGAUUAUUAUGAUUGUUCUCACAGCCUCCCUCUCGGCCUGGUACGAGAAACGGAUCAAAAUAUUCCUGACAACGUGGAAUCAGCUUCGGGUCUCCCUGGCAACCAACGGUAUGAGCAAAGAUAAACACAGCACAAGUCUAGGGCUCUGUUAAUAAAGAAAUAAUAUUCAGUAAAUAUAUACAAUAUUUUAAAAUAUGCUCUUUGGAGGGGCAUUCAUGCAUGAUUUCUUAAUCUGCAAUUUUGUGAUUAUUUACAUUUUACAUUUUAGUCAUUUAGCAGACGCUCUUAUCCAGAGCGACUUACAGUUAGUGAGUGCAUACAUAAUUUUUUAUUUUUCAUACUGGCCCCCCGUGGGAAUCAAACCCACAACCCUGGCGUUGCAAACGCCAUGCUCUACCAACUGAGCUACAUCCCUGCCGGCCAUUCCCUCCCCUACCCUGGACGACACUGGGCCAAUUGUGCGCCGCCCCAUGGGUCUCCCGGUCGCGGCCGGCUAUGACAGAGCCUGGAUUAUAAUCUGUGUGUUUUGGCUCUGCUCCAGGUGAGAUUAAAAUCCCUGGCGAGUUCUGCCAAGAGGACCUGGACCUGACCAGUGACUUCUUGGUUCUGUUGCCACGGCGACAGGGUCCCGGCCUGUGUUCCACGGCGCUGGUCAGCUACCUCAUCGCCCUGCACAACGAACUGGUCUACUGCGUUGACAAGCAUACUGGAGAGGAGACCAGGUGAGGGUGCUGUUGUCCUAUUUCAUUUACACUCAUCUGGGGCCGUAGUAACCAAGCAUCUCGGAGUAGGAGUGCUGUUUCAGGAUCAGUUUUUCCUUUAGGAUCACAAUAAGAUCACGUGGAUGGGGGGACCUGAUCUGGGAUCGGCUCUCCUACUGAGACGUUUGAUACAUAUCUCAGACUACAACUGAAUGCAUUCAACUGAAAUGUGUCUCCCGCAUUUAACCCAGAGAGGUGCGGGGUGCUGCCUUAAUCGACGUCAUCGGCGCACGGGGAGCAGUUGUUGUUGCGGGUUAACUGCCUUGCUCAAGGGCAGGACGUCAGAUUUUUCCACCUUGCCGACUCGGGGAUUCGAACCAGUGACAUUUUGAUUACUGGCCCAACACUUUUAACUGCUAGGCCUGUGGUUCCCAACCUCUUUUGGUUACUAUACCACCAACUGAAUUUUGCUCUGCCCAGAGUACCCCUGAAGUACCCCCUCAUGUGCAUUUUACCAGUCGGCCUAUGGUCUCAUGAGUCUUCCCAAGUACCCCCUGUGGAUAGGUCAAGUACCCCCAGUGGUCCUAGUACCCUUGGUUAGGAACCACUGCGCUAGGCUACCAGCCGAACUGAUAGAAAGCAGAAGCAGACAUAAAAUCAAAUCAAAUCAAAUUGUAUUGGUCACAUGCGCCGAAUACAACAGGUGCAGACAUCACAGUGAAAUGCUUACUUACAGCCCUUAACCAACAGUGCAUUUAUUUUUAACAAAAAAAGCAACAACAAAAAAAGUGUUGAGAAAAAAAAGUAAAAUUAAAUAACAGUAGGGAGGCUAUAUAUACAGGGGGGUACCGUUGCAGAGUCAAUGUGCGGGGGCACCGGCUAGUUGAGGUAAUAUGUACAUGUGGGUAGAGUUAAAGUGACUAUGCAUAAAUAAUUAACAGAGUAGCAGCAGCGUAAAAAGGAUUGGGUGGGGGGGCAGUGCAAAUAGUCCGGGUAGCCAUGAUUAGCUGUUCAGGAGUCUUAUGGCUUGGGGGUAGAAGCUGUUGAGAAGUCUUUUGGACCUAGACUUGGCACUCCGGUACCGCUUGCCGUGCGGUAGCAGAGAGAACAGUCUAUGACUAGGGUGGCUGGAGUCUUUGACAAUUUUGAGGGCCUUCCUCUGACACCGCCUGGUAUAGAGGUCCUGGAUGGCAGGAAGCUUGGCCCCAGUGAUGUACUGGGCUGUACGCACUGCCCUCUGUAGUGCCUUGCAGUCGGAGGCCAAGCAGUUGCCAUACCAGGCGGUGAUGCAACCAGUCAGGAUGCUCUCGAUGGUGCAGCUGUAGAAUUUUUUGAGGAUCUGAAGACCCAUGCCAAAUCUUUUCAGUCUCCUGAGGGGGAAUAGGCUUUGUCGUGCCCUCUUCAAGACUGUCUUGGUGUGUUUGGACCAUAAUAGUUCGUUGGUGAUGUGGACACCAAGGAACUUGAAGCUCUCAACCUGUUCCACUACAGCCCCGUCGAUGAGAAUGGGGGCGUGCUCAGUCCUCUUUUUUUUCCUGUAGUCCACAAUCAUCUCCUUUGUCUUGGUCACGUUGAGGGAGAGGUUGUUGUCCUGGCACCACACGGCCAGGUCUCUGACCUCCUCCCUAUAGGCUGUCUCAUCGUUGUCGGUGAUCAGGCCUACCACUGUUGUGUCGUCAGCAAACUUAAUGAUGGUGUUGGAGUCGUGCCUGGCCAUGCAGUCAUGGGUGAACAGAGAGUACAGGAGGGGACUGAGCACGCACCCCUGAGGGGCCCCGUGUUGAGGAUCAGUGUGGCAGAUGUGUUGUUACAUACCCUUACCACCUGGGGUUCGGCAGUCCAGGAUCCAGUUGCAGAGGGAGGUGUUUAGUCCCAGGAUCCUUAGCUUAGUGAUGAGCUUAGAGGGCACUAUGGUGUUGAAUGCUGAGCUGUAGUCAAUGAAUAGCAUUCUCACGUAGGUGUUCCUCUUGUCCAGGUGGGAAAGGGCAGUGUGGAGUGCAAUAGAGAUUGCAUCAUCUGUGGAUCUGUUGGGGCGGUAUGCAAAUUGGAGUGGGUCUAGGGUUUCUGGGAUAAUGCUGUUGAUGUGAGCCAUGACCAGCCUUUCAAAGCACUUCAUGGCUACAGAUGUCAGUGCUACGGGUCGGUAGUCAUUUAGGCAGGUUAUCUUAGAGUCCUUGGGCACGGGGACUAUGGUGGUCUGCUUGAAACAUGUUGGUAUUACAGACUCAGUCAGGGACAUGUUGAAAAUGUCAGUGAAGACACUUGCCAGUUGGUCAGCACAUGCUCGGAGUACACGUCCUGGUAAUCCGUCUGGCCCUGCGGCCUUGUGAAUGUUGACCUGCUUAAAAGUCUUACUCACAUCGGUUACGGAGAGCGUGAUCACAUAGUCAUCCGGAACAGCUGGUGCUCUCAUGCAUGCUUCAGUGUUGCUUGCCUCGAAGCGAGCAUAGAAGUGGUUUAGCUCGUCUGGUAGGCUUGUGUCACUGGGCAGCUCACGGCUGUGCUUCCCUUUGUAGUCUGUAAUAGUUUUCAAGCCCUGCCACAUCCGACGAGCGUCAGAGCCAGUGUAGUACGAUUCAAUCUUAGUCCUGUAUUGACUCUUUGCCUGUUUGAUGGUUCGUCGGAGGGCAUAGCGGGAUUUCUUAUAAGCGUCCGGGUUAGAGUCCCGUUCCUUGAAAGCGGCAGCUCUACCCUUUAGCUCAGUGCGGAUGUUUCCUGUAAUCCAUGGCUUCUGGUUGGGGUAUGUACGUACGGUCACUGUGGGGACGACAUCAUCGAUGCACUUAUUGAUGAUGCCAGUGACUGAUGUGGUGUACUCCUCAAUGCUGUCUGAAGAAUCCCGGAACAUGUUCCAGUCUGUGCUAGCAAAACAGUCCUGUAGCUUAGCAUCUGCGUCAUCUGACCACUUUUUUAUUAACCGAGUCACUGGUGCUUCCUGCUUUAGUUUUUGCUUAUAAGCAGGAAUCAGGAGGAUAGAGUUAUGGUCAGAUUUGACAAAUGGAGGGCGAGGGAGAGCUUUGUAUGCGUCUCUGUGUGUGGAGUAAAGGUGGUCUAGAGUUUUUUUUUCCUCUGGUUGCACAUUUAACAUGCUGGUAGAAAUUAGGUAGAACGGAUUUAAGUUUCCCUGCAUUAAAGUCCCCGGCCACUAGGAACGCUGCAUCUGGAUGAGCGUUUUCCUGUUGAUUUAUGGCCUUGUACAACUCAUUCAGUGCAAUCUUAAUGCCAGCAUUGGUUUGUGGUGGUAAAUAGACAGCUAUGAAAAAUAUAGAUGAUAAACUCUCUUGGUAAAUAGUGUGGUCUACAGCUUAUCAUAAGAUACUCUACCUCAGGCGAGCAAAACCUCGAGACUUCCUUAGUAUUUGAUUUUGUGCACCAGCUGUUGUUUACAAAUAUACACAGACCGCCACCCCUUGUCUUACCGGAGUCAGCCGUUCUAUAAUGCCGAUGUAGCGUAUAGCCCGCUAGCUGUAUGUUAUCCAUGUCGUCGUUCAGCCACGACUCGGUGAAACAUAAGAUAUUACAGUUUUUAAUGUCCCGUUGGUAGGAUAACCGUAAUCUUAGGUCAUCCAAUUUAUUUUCAAAUGAUUGAACGUUGGCUAAUAGGAUUGAUGGAAGAGGCAGUUUACUCGCUCGCCGUCGGAUCCUUACAAGGCACCCCGAUCUACGUCCACGAUAUCUCCGUCUCUUCCUCACUCGAAUGACGGGGAUUUGGGCCUUGUCGGGUGUCUGUAUGAUAUCCUUCGCGGCCGCCUCGUUGAAGAAAAAAUCUUCGUCCAAUACGAGGUGAGUAAUCGCUGUCCUGAUAUCCAGAAGCUAUUUUUGGUUAUAAGAGACGAUGGCAGAAACAUUAUGUACAAAAUAAUUUACAAAUAACGCGGAAAAACACAUAUAAUAGUACAAUUGGUUAGAGGGCUGUAAAACGGCAGCCAUCUUCUCCGGCGCUGUUAUCUACAUGGUUGAUAUCACCCGCUUACACACAUUCUUACACCAACAAUAUGGUCAUUUAGCAGACCCUGUUAUCCAAAGGAACUUCCAGAACUGUCAACAUUGACACAUACAGUAUAUCGGUGUAUGUGGCCAUGCAAGACUCAAACCCACAACCCUGGUGUACUGGGACACCAGUAUGGUUUACCAUACACAAAAAAAAAAAAAAUGUAUGCACGCACGACUGUAAGUCGCUUUGGAUAAAAGCGUCUGCUAAAUGGCUUAUUAUUAUUAUUACUGGCAGCACCAUGAUCCCUACCCCACCCAGCCAUUGGAACCACAUUAGUUCACUCUUCUCCUUUCCCUCCCCCAGCUACACAGUGAGCCCGGCGGACCUGAGCGACCUGCACGUGAUCCGCUACGAGCCGGAGAGGGAUCUGCUGCCCUUGGUUCUGUCUAACUGCCAGUACAGCGUGGAGCGUGGCCAGGAGGCCCUGCACGAGUACGACCUGCCCAAGAUCCAGCAGCAGAUCCUGGCCCGCUUCCUGCAGGGCAAGCCCCUCGUCACCCUCAAUGUGAGUCAGUCUGUCUCUCAGCUGUCGGUCAGUCAAAUGUACAGUUCUAGGCAUCAACAAAGUUACUAAAUGCCUGUGCUGCAGCAAGGUACAUUGUUAAUGUGACAAACUCUCUCGUAGGGUGACGCCAAGUUCAUUAGCAAUCGUCUAACAAUAACAAAUGUUAUGAAAUACAAUUUUUAAAUAUGCUCUUAAAGGGUAAAACUACAUCCACUUAUAAACAUAUUUUUUACUAAAGUUAGUGUACGGUAGAGGUCGAUGUGCGGUACAGGUUAAACCAGAACUGUAUAGAUUACCCUUUUUACAGAAACACUUAGCUGUCACAAGCUGCGUUACACAUUCUGAUAUUUUUUUCACUAAUUGGUCUUUUGACCAAUCAUAUCAGCUCUGAAAAAGAUCUGAUGUGAAAAGAUCUGAUGUGAUUGGUCAAAAGACCAAUUAGAGUAAAAAAUAUCAGAAUGUGUCUGCCUGUGUAAAAGCAGCAAAAGUGAGGUAAAGACAACAGCGUUACUAUAUGACCAUGUAUUAAACAUAAAGAGGUUUUGAUUUGUUGCUAACUGCCGCCUCAUACAGGGAAUCCCAACCCUGGUGAACAGACAUGACCGCAAUUAUGAAAAUAUCCUCAAGGACGUGAAAGGAAAGGUUCAACAGGUAAGUCACAAUAACUCUGGUGACAUGUUGUCACAUGGUAUGAUAUGGGGAAAUCUUUGAUUGGUACACAUCCAGUUUUGGAACACAACCCUGGCAUGAGGUUGAGUUGACCCUGCUCUAUGCCUGGUCCACGUCGCUGUCAUUUCCCUGUUUGUGACCUUUGCCCUUUGUGUCCCUAGGAGCCCCUGCCCAUCCUGACCCUGUCAGCGCUGGCUGGGGAGCUGCAGUCAUACAGCGAGGUGUGUGAGGCGCUCUCCACCGUGGAGGUGGCACUGGGCUUCCUGGCCAUGACAGGCGGCGAACCCCUGCUGCAGCUGGAGCGCUACCUGGAGGAGGUUCUGCAGAUGGGAGACCAGACAGCCCCACACAUCCUCAAGGUCAGCUCCCUUCCUCCGUCUGCAGUCUGGAGCCCACAGACUGUCCGGGUGCAGCAUUAACACAUCUCUGUUUCUUCGAAUGGUUUAGUUGGUAGCUGAGAGCCUAAAGCCAAUUUUUUGUUUCACCACUCCAUCUAGCUGGCUCUCCAUUGGCUUUCUUACAGGAACCAGUAAACAGAUGGAUACCCUUAACAGAAAGUAGUGACUUAAUUUAAUCUUGUUGUCGUAAGCUUUUUGGGGUAUAUGCAUAUUAUCAAUCACUAUCUAGCCUAAUUGGUAUUAAUUGUACCCUAAAGUUAAUACAACACAUCUCUCGGUAAGGUGAGCUCUUUCAGGAGAGAACCUGUUAGCAGUGAUGUCAUGUUUUCUGACCAUGUGAUUGGAGGUUAUAUUAAACUAAGGGAUAGUUCACCCAAAUUACAAAAUUACACAUUGGUUUCUUGACCCUGUAAGCAGUCUAUGGAUGUAAGACAGCAAUGCAUUAUUUGGUUUUGUUUACCUGGCCACUGUUUCAAAUGCUAACCUUUUUAGCACAAAUCCAGUGCAAUGUUGCCCUGAGCAGGCGUAGUCUGAGUCACUGUGUUGUCCUCAUGCAGGCCCUGAGCAGGUGUAGUCUGAAACACUGUGUUGUCCUCAUGCAGGCCCUGAGCAGGUGUAGUCUGAAACACUGUGUUGUCCUCAUGCAGGCCCUGAGCAGGUGUAGUCUGAAACACUGUGUUGUCCUCAUGCAGGCCCUGAGCAGGUGUAGUCUGAAACACUGUGUGGCCCUGUGGCAGCUCCUCACCUCACUCAAGUCGGAGAACAUGCUGCGCCUCAAGAGGGUAAGACGACGAGACACCACACAUUCACCCAGACAACAGUCUUCACAUUAAACUGUUGAUGGUUUUGUUAGGGUCAUGUUUUUACACUGGUUAUGAAGUUGUUUGUCUGGAUUACUGUUUGUGUGGGUGAGAUGUGUUUGAAUAACUUACAACAUAAGUUGUAACAUUGUAACUUAAGUUCUACUAACUUACAAAAUUCAGUUACACUAACUUUAGUUAUACUAACUUACAAAAUCUGAUAAAUAGCAAAUGAUCGUAACGUCAUGUUUCACCCAAGUGUGUAUCUAUUAGUAGAAGUUUCACUAAACCCCCCCUCUCCAUCCAUCCCUCCCCAUCCUCAGGACCCGUUCGUGGGGGUCUCAGAGAAGUACAGGAAUCCCCUGGGCGAUGAAGAGCGGAGGCUGCUCACUACGUUCUGCACCAAGAGCAGCGCUGACUCGUUCCUGCUGGAGAUGCACGAGUUCCUGCUGCUGGUCCUGAAGAACCCCCGUGCCCUCGACACAUACAGGCCUGACUGGGGGUAAGCCAAGGGGAUAACAGCUAGCUGGCAUGGUGUAGUCUCUCUUGACACUCUUAACUACCUAGUGCCCAUAGAUUUAGUUCUGGGUUUCGGGAUUAGAAAAAUUGUAGUGUUCAAUUUUGUAUAUUGUAGUAUUGUUUACGUCAAAUGAACAUCACGUAUGUGUUUCACAAGGCCCACAAACAUCUCCGGGUGAGGCAUGUUUGAUGAAUGUAAAAAUCACAUGUCCAUUAUCCUUUCCUCCAUCGUCCUGCAGCCUGAAAGACACCCUGCUGUCCUACAUGGAGCGUAAGGACCUUGACGUUCCCCACGACGUGGACGAGUUGUUCCCCGGAGAGAUCAGCCUGGCUCAGUACAUCGAAGCCUGGAAGUUCACU